GCUUCCAAUAAAUGUGUAUCAACUUUGAGUUCCACAAAGGAAUUUGUCAUAAAAAAAUUAUAAUAAUAAAAGUUCACGCUCAUCUCUUAUAUAUAGACACACGGUUUACAGCCCCACAGACCUUUCACAUUGUGGACUUUGUCACUUCCAUUCGUUUUAAAUGUAGGAAAUGUUUAAAAGGGAGGGGCGGUGACGCCGUACGCGCCUGACGUCAUGGCGGUGCGUGCCAGCGUGGGUCCGCGUCUCCCUCUUCUCGUGCACACACCAAGAUGGCGGCCCUGGGUGGGCGGGGCCUGUGUUGCCACGUUGAGUCUGGACGUGGCCUGGGGGGAGGAGCGGCGCACGGAGCUGGGAGAAGCCGGGCAGGAAGGCCGGGGCAGGCAGCGAGCGAGCGAGCGAGCCGCACAACGUUGCAGUCCCGGGGCGAGCCGCACUCCCCAACGAUAAAGGCCGACCGCCAGCAGGAAGUUCCCGUCACUGUAGUGGGUUACGGCCAGCUGCUGUCACCCUGCAUGCCCCAGCCCCUCACUGGCCGUAUCGCUGCCACACACAGACACCGCUCGUAUUAAAUCCACAGACAGUCACUGCCUCCCCCGCCGAGGUGAGUCUCAUAACGUCCGCAGUCAGCGGGGCCGAAACGUAGAGCUCCCCUAGCUGUUAGAGAACUACAACUCCCUCAGUGCAUCAUGGGAGUUGUAGUUUUACAAAGCAGUUAUGGGCUAUUUAUUGUUGUGCUCUUCCUGUCUGAGAGGUUAGAAAGCCAUGGGCUGCGGGUGGGUGAGAGCUGGGUGCACACAGUGACUGCUCUACGGCUGGACACUCACUGGCAUCCCCUAAUAAUAAUAAUAAUAAUACAGCAUGGGGGGCUGGGAAGGAGCUCACUGCUCUGUCAGCAGGCAGAGAGAGCCCCAGCUCCUGCACGAUCACAGCUAUCACUAUGCCCUGACAGCCUUACAGCUGCUGGUGGUGGCAGUCCUGCUACAGCUGGAGAGCUAUCCUUUGGCACCCCUGUGCUAAUGGUCAGCUGAUCUCCUCCUGCUAAUGAGGAGAUAGAAAUACCCCCUCUGUCUCUGGAAGUUACAACUUCUGCAAUACCUCUUGCAAAAGAACAAUGUUGGUCAUCAAUGUCCUCCUUAUAUUAUACAGGGGAUUUCUUUUAAAUAAGAUUUGAACAACUCUGCUUUCCUAGAGGUCCUAAUGUGCAGGCUGUAUAUAUUUUAAAAAUGACUCUUAUAGACCUUUUGAUUGUUAGGACCUGGCCACCUCUUGUGCUGUAAUUAAACUUUGGAUUGUUGUAACUCCGUGUGUCUCUUGUUCACCCGUUGUUCAGCACUGCAGAAUAUGUUGGCACUUUUAUAUGUAAAAGUAAUAAUGGAUGAGUUUCAUACAGGCCUGACUGGUCACAUCAUUGUAUGAAUGGACUUUGGACUUGACAUCAGUGAGUGGUUGCAGUGAAUGCAUUAGUAUACGUUUGUAUCCACAGAACCUGAUGUUUAAAUGAAAUGUGCAGGUCUGUGCUCCCUUAAAGUGUUAUCCAAAUCUAAAUAAGGUUUUCCUGUUGAGUUUGUGCCAUCUGGCGGUCUGUAUAGUUGCAAGUCCAUUGAUAUCAGAUACAUUGCAGAGUGAACGUGUUAAUAUGGGUUAGAGAGGCCCCAAACAUGUCUUUGAGUAAUAAAGGAAUUUUCAGCAAUAUUGAUACACUUUUGAACCCAGAAUCCGCCCUGUUCCUUUUUCUUAUUGGUUAAUUAAUUGAGUAUCUGUGACCAAAUACCUCUAAAGUUCACAGAGACAUGGCAUUGAGUACACACGUCUAAUGCACAAGUAAUGUGCAGAACUACCAGUGCAUUUUUGAUGACAUCUGUUUGUCUGUUAAAAGGGUGAUUAUGGGAACUUUAUCUUUAAUGAAUGACACAAUUGUGGGUAAAAAGUUAUUCUGCUACAUGCAGCUUCAUGAUUUGCAAUUAUAUUUUCUCCCCUAUGAAUGAGUCUACUUAAUGUAUAUAUUAAUGCAUUUAUUUGACUACUUCCCUUUUGAAACAUCUUUAUAUAUUUUAUAUCAUUACAAGAGUCCAAGCAUUAAGCUCUGAUGUGCUUAGCCUUAUAAUUUUAUCUAAAGGGUUACUCCAAUCACCAUGACUACUUCAGUGUUUUGAAGUGGGCAUGGGACUUACAGUUUGACAUGCUGCACAUACAGAGACAUUUUUAGAUUGUUGCUAGUUGUGUAACUCCACCAUUGGUGGCAGCAUUAGCAAAAGCUAAUGUUGAUUCUGUGCGUAUUCUUUGCAGUCAUUCAUUGGCUGAGAAUGCCCAGCCAACGCUCCUAGCCAAUAAAUGACCAGUCGGAUUGAUAUCCUUCUUCUGCAGCUUUGCACAAGCCCGACACAUUACUUGAUAUCAGAGUAGCCUCAACUCACCCGAUGAGAUCAAGGUAAGAGGGCACACUGUUGCAAAAUGUUUUUGCCCCAUUAAUGAGGGAAUGGUACUAGGGUAGCAUCUUAACUUCUUCAGUGGUCUGUAGUGGCUGUGAUGUAGGGAUCGACCAAUAUUGGUAACCGAUAACUUAUCGGUAUUCUGUACAUUUACCAUUUAAAAAACGAUGUCUACACAAAUCUACUGUUAACUGAACAUGUUAUGGUGCCAGCUGUCUCAAAGUAAGCCAUUAAACAGUUUACAAUGGAUUGAUGCUUACCUUGCCUAUGUUAGGCUUUCACAAACGUUGGUCCAUACUUUGGCAUAAGCAGUAUCAAUUAUGUGCUGCAAUAAUGUGCAAAUGUGUUUGUGGUUUUGCUGCUUAGAGUAGCUCUUUUGGGCUGGUGUAAAGAGCUAAAUUACCCAUGAAGAUAAUAAGCUUUUUCUGAAGAGAUUAGAUUUACAACAUUUUGUGAAGGACUGUAAACUUGGGAAAAUUCUGAUGGGAUGAGGUGGCACAUUCCAUAUGAAUGGUGCGACCCAUGACAUAUCCUGUAGCUAGGAAUUAGAGUAGCAAGUGUGAACAAAGAGAAGAUUACUAACAGAGUGGGGUCACUUAAGGGUGUCAUUGCUGACAUUAUGUAUAAUGUUGCAGAUCCUUUUCAGCUCUACAAUCACACAUUCAAGGAAAGAAAAAAAAAUAUUUUGGGACAGAUGAUCACUUGGAUGACAAAAUUAUAUCACACAUUAUUUGCAGAUUCUUCACGUGGGACAUACAUUUCAGGGCCAAAACCCCUUUCUUAGUGCAAAUUCACAGCUACAGUGAUAAGACUGAAUGAAGAAAUGUGCAGCGCUAUCCUUGCACCAUAACCUAUUCAAGAAGCUUACAGGGUACUUCCAGUUUCACUUUAAAGUGUAUUACUUUGGGCACACCUAUUUAUUCAUGAGUUUUUUUUUUUCAUUUUGCUAAAUUUCAAAAUCCGAACUAUCUGCGCAAUUUGGAGGAUACAUUGCAGAAGUAUUUCACUAGAUUUUCUGUCCUGUAAUUCUAGUGUGGCAAAGGCCAUGUGUAUCUACCUUUAGCAACCCAUGCUGUAAUGUAGGAGCCUCCAGGAUAAUCUGGGUGAGUUCCAAUUUGGAAUACGUAAAGGAUCACUAUAGUGUCAGGAAAACAAAACGGUUUUCCUGACACUAUGGUGCCCUAAGGGUGCCCCCACCCUCAGGGUCCCCCUCUCGUGGUGCUGAAGGGGUUAAAACCCCUUCAGCAGCUUACCUUAAUCCAGCGCCGGGCUCCCUCAGCGCUGGUGAUCUCUCCUCCCUUGCCGACGUCAGCUCCCUAGUGGAGCGGAAAGGCAUGUGCGGCAAGUGCCCCACGCGCAUUCAAACAGUCCAUAAGGAAAGGAUUUCUCAAAGCUUUCCUAUGGACGUUAUGCACGUUGGAUGCAAAUUUAGCAUCCAGCAGCACAGAUGUGCCUCUAGCGGCUGUCAAGAAGACAGUCACUAGAGGUUGGAUUAACCCUGCUAUGUAAACAUAGCAGUUUCUCUGAAACUGCUAUGUAACAGCUGUAGGGUUAAAACCUGAGGGACCUGGUUCCCAGACCACUUCAUUGAGCUGAAGUGGUCUGGGUGACUAUAGUGUCCUUUUAAGAACAUGCUCAACUGGUCCUAAACUUUACUGCUAAAAAAUAAAUCACUUUAUUGAGUUCUCAAUUGGUUCUUGAGUUUCUUUCCCAAGUUAAUAUUUGCCCUCUGGCUACUCCACCUUUGGAAGCAUCAUUGGGUGUCAAUGGCCAGCCUGGAAUCUUGUUCCAGACUAGUUCAUGUACGUUCUGUGCAUAUUUCAUUGCACAAAUGUCAUUCACUGACUGAGAGCUAUAAGCUGUCACUCUCAUACAAUGGGUUUACCAGGGGACGACGGCCAAGGUACUCCUACCAUCAUAACCACUUCAGUGGGCUGUAGUGCAUGUAAAGAGUGGAGUAACCCUUUAACUUUCAUGUGGAUGUCUGGGAUGUGAGUGGAAGAAGAUGGGUCUAUUGCUGAACUCCUCUCUGGUAAUAGGAGAUCCUUGUGACCUCGAUUUACUUCAGUUUAUUUAUUUCCUUUAUAACAAUUUAACCUUUGACUGCUUGCUCAUCCACUGGAAGACUUAUGUAGUUUCACCUUCAAAAGCAAGACAAUUUAUUCUGUGAAUACGCCUUUAUUGAUGUUUUAUAAAUAUACUAGUAUUGUACUUUGUUUAGGAUAUGGGCCUAUUCUCUUCAGUUUUUUUAGCUGACCUUAAAGGAUCACUAUAGUGUUAAAACCACCAUCUAGACCCCCUGGACCCUUCAUGCCUCCAUAAAUAUAGUAAAAAUCUUACUGUAUUCAAGCCUGAAGCUGUAGAUCUGCAUGCAGUUUGCCUAAAAAAAACAAGCAGCCGCUGACAUCAUCAGAAGUGGUAGCCUGAUCUAAUCACAAUGCUUCUCCAAAAGCCUAAAGGUAAUGAUUCUACUCACCAGAACAAAUUCAAUAGGCUGUAGUUGUUCUGGUGACUAUAGUGUCCCUUUAAAUUGUUCCGAUUCAGAUAUGCACAUACUGUGCAAUUUACUUAUGAAUUGCUUUUAAUAUCUAAUUUGCUAAUCCAGAUAAUGUUAAGGUUCUAUUGAACCCUAAGAUAUUCAUUUCAGUGACUUGGGAAUGUUUUUUUUCCCUCUGCAUUCCAUUUUCCCCGAAUUUACCGGUUACAGAUAUAUAAAAUCAUAUAUUACCUUUACAUUUCCUACGUGUACUAAUUCUAUACCCUGGUUGUAACCAUUUAAAAUAAGGACACUAAGUAAACAAACUGGUGCCAUUAUACCUAAAAAUCAUUAAAUAGUUCCAUGGACGUGUACAAAUCAAGACAAUAUCAGUUUAGUUCAAAAAUAGAAGUUCUUGUGGCCUGUUUUGUGAUAAGGUUUGUAGUGACUCAUUCUACUUUGUUCUGAUACUUAAUUUAAAAGUUUGCAGGGGUCAAAGGACAAACCACCAUUCUAGUGUAGUUAUAUGCUAUGUGUUUGUACACCAUGGUUUGAUUUUAGAGCUAAAUUACAAAUAAUUCUGCAUUCUAAUAGUUUCUUUCACUAAAUUUUGUGAAGUAAGAAGCUGUGCCACACAUGCUUGCACUGUACAAUAUAGAAGCCUCAUAGAAAUUAUUAUAGCACUUUUUUUUGUCAAUUUGUAUUGAAAUAUAAUUAAAUGAUAAACUGUUUUUGUUGUUUGUGUUUAUUUAUUUUGAAUGGUUUGACUUCUUACAUAGGGUCUUCCAGGUGUCACUCUCCACCUCCACUAUCAACUUCAGACAGCCCUGCAGUGCAGAAUUUGUCCUCAUAGGACCUUUCAGUUCUCUUCUAAAAGAAGUGGUCAUCGAUGUUGAAGUAACCCUUAAAUCUUUUCCAAGCAGCUUAACCCUAAGGUCACUGGCCACCCACAGUUAGCCCUUACUGGAUGGCUAAGGCAGAGACCACAUACUUCCUUCUGCCCAUACCAAUUCAUACCAGCAAUGGGUGUUGUGAUGGGCAAAGUCAUCAUCUGACAUGCACAGCCAAUCACAGUCAUACAUUAAAGGAUCACUAUAGGGUCAAGAACACAAACAUGUAUUCCUGACCCUAUAGUGCUAAACCCACCCUUUAGGUGGCUUGCCCCCCCCCAGCUCCCUUAUAAAAGUUUAAAACUCAUCUAGCUCUGCCCCCUUUGUGACAUCAUCAAAAUGAUCGGGAAAGCAUUGGAUAAAUCAGCACCGGGGUGGGGCCAAAUGCAGUUUUGGUCAAUCAGGACGUCCUCAUAGAGAUGCAUUGAGAAAAAAAAAAAAAGUCAGUGUUUUUACAUGAAAAUGCCUGAAGGGUGCUAUUAUACUCACCAGAACAACUACAUUAAGCUGACUAUAGUGACUAUAGUGUCCCUUUAAUGCUAAUGCUUUCUCAUUAGCCAAAGCAGCUUAGAGGAAGUGGAAAGUUGGAGACAAUUGUUUAGCAUUAACAGAUUAAAAAUGUUUAACAUUGUAUACAGGGAUGGCACCAGGGUACUCCAAAAAAUCUAUAACCACUUCAAUGAAAUUAAGCAGUUUUGGUCCCUUUUUAAUGUUAAGAUAAGUAACCUUUAUAACAAGGCUAUUCCUGUACAUACGUUUCUGAGCAGGCACAAAAACAAGCUUUUCUUUAAUACUUACAUCACUACAAACUAUGAAUUUAACUUUGAUUUAUCUACUAAUGACUCCUCUUACAAAAUAACCCACUAAUUUCACUGUAGAAGGAGUUCUCCAUGCUUACUGUGUCACAGUGAGCAACUGGUGAACUCUAGGCAGCGGAAAUCUAAAAGCAAGAUAGUGAGGCACAUCUUUAUAUCUAUAUCUCCUAAAUACUUUCCUGAAUAUAAUUUACUUACUCAUGACUCAAAAUUAAGCCCUGCAACAUACAUUUUCUAUUAACAUCCCCAGCUGAUGAAGACAUCUGGUCGCUCUAUGCUUUUGUUUAUAAUGAUCCGUCUUUUCUGAAAUCCUGUCAGACAUAUCAGUGACUAUAACAACUAGAGUAAUGCAAUCUAAAUACAAUUGGUGAUGCAUGUCUUGAUCAGGCUGAGAAUAAAAAAAAAAAAACUGCUCCUCUGUGAGAUAUCAGAGUGAUGGAUAAUUGAGGUGGAAAAUCCUCGUCUGCUGCUAAAUAGCUGAAAGCUUGGUGUAACCACAAGUGUACAUACUGGUGCCAAUUUGCACAAUAAAAAUAAAUAAAUCAUAGGAAUACCAAGAAAUGUAGUGCAGAAAAUACAAUUACUUGCUCUUCAUAUCCCUGUUUUAUAUUGUGUAUGCAUUCUUGUAUUUGUUCCUAUUUCUGUUAGUUAGUAUUUCCAUCAGUUGCCUUGUAUUCUCCAUUAAAAAUAAAAAAAAUAAUGGUAGCAUUCACUGUCAACUGUGAAUUUGGACAUAAAAACAAAACACUGUGUUGUGGGUGUGCCUGCUUUAGAAGAAGAGAUUCUAAUCUCAUAAACCACUCCACAGCAUGGGAGCAGAUCCAUUCAUCACUUGCUCUGUAAACUGAUAAGAGCUGCUGUAUGUGUUAGGUUGCCUGUAUUGGUGAUCACUGCUUAUGUGUUGCCCCAUUUCAGAGCCAAGCGGUUCUUCCUGCCCUCGACAGCCCCGCUGUCUCCGUCCCAUUUCAUAACGUACCGACUUCAUGGUGUUGCUGGCAGGGAAUUGUGUCACUAUAGAUGUCCCUUCAUGUAUUAAUGGCAUAGCUAGACAAUGAAAGCCAUGCACACAUAAGUAGGUUGUAAUUCCUGUUUUGGUCCUAGUAACGUGUUUAUACUGUCUCUUGCAGUUUUCUGGUUUUGACUCUGCUAUCCUUGACAACUCAAGGCUUUGUUACUCUACCUGAUUUCUUGCUUUCCUUUUACCUGGUAUUUCUCAGACUAUUCUCAUAUUACUUGUAUGUGAAACCUGAUCAUACUAUGGACCAAUACUAUGUUUAAAAGGCUCUUUGUUUAGUUUUGGUGGAUUCCUGUUUUGCUUUUUGGGGUGAUUACCGAGACAUUAUAACAGGGCCUGCAUCUGUGAAUCCCCAUUUAGCUACAUGUUGGCUACAAUCUCUAUUUUACAUUGAAUACACUAUGUACCUUUUGAUUCCUUGAUUCAUUGUUUCGUUUGUCCACCUUUUCUUUUUUGGUUGUAUCUGUUUAACGUUUGUAAAGCGUAAUGUGAAAGUUCUAGUAACAUUUUUCAGAUAUGAAGUGCUCCCCACAACUUCCUGAUUUCAACAUCAGCUUUAAAACAAGAUAGCAAAAGUCUAUCAUCCUCCAGAAUAUAGCUAUAUAGAGGACCAACACCACUACACAGCACUCUGUAAAAUGCAUUGAGACAAUGCUUUCCUAUGGGGAAGGCCUAACACGCUCACUGCAUAUGCGCAUUAGGUCCCCCCAUAGGAUGACGUUGGAGGAGGUCAACUGCUACCCUCGGCACUGGAAUCUGGUAAAUGAAUAAAGGGUUAUUUAACUCUUUACAAUGUAGACUGCAGUGUUAGAAAUACAGAAAUGUGUUCCUCCAAUAUCAAUCUCCUGAUGGUGGAUCUGAGAUUUGCAAAUGUUGCAUCAGUUAAACAUAUGCAUCAUGGCUACAGAUCUCUGUUUAGUGUAUUGUGCAGGUUGUUGCUUUUAAAAUUGUCAAAUUGUAUUGUCCAUAAACUUGUAAUAUUACAGUAAUAUGGAACAAUUGUUCAUCAACAAAAACAUUGUCCUUUUUGACAUUCUUCUGGGCACAUUUGUGUCCUGUAAAAUAACCAUAGAGACCGUUCACCAUUUGUGGAGCCCCAAGCAUUAUUGGUAAGACUCGAGGUUGUAUAUGGAAAUAUUAAUUUAAACAAAGUACUCACGUGAUUAUUUACUACUCCAAGAUGGAAGGAGCAGCUGCCUUAGUCUCUGCUCCACCUUAAAUGAUAUGCAUGGCAUCCCACAAUUCUUGUGUGGUACCCUAGAAAUUGUGGAGGACAUUACAGCUUGGAAAGAGAGGAGGUGGUAGCUGCAUGCUAAUGGACUCUAAGGCUUUAGUUUGACAGUUUUAAGGCUAACGAGUUAUGAAAUAAAUGGAAUAACAUUUCAUCUAUACAUUUGUAACAUUUCAAACUUGACAAACCAUUGCUUAUUUCUGCACACGUGAUAAUACUGUUUAUUUGAAAAUUUAGUUUUUUUUGUUAGCCUAUUUAAACAAAUGUAUUUAUUUAUUUUUACCCCUUUACACAGGAUGAAGCUUAAAGAAAUAGAUCGUACUGCUAUGCAGGCCUGGAGCCCCUCUCAACAUCACCCGAUAUACCUGGCAACAGGUAAAAAGUAUUUUAUUGCAGUUAUUGCAUUUACAGCUUCUAUUAAUAUCCGCUAUAUAUGACUGUAUAUGGUUAGGACUGCAUUCACGUUUUUAUAUACAUUUCCACUCCGACAGCCCAGGAUGUCACCAGUGAGAGAUAUGUUUGGUAAAUAGUCGUCUUAUGCAGAAACUUGUUUUGAUCAGUUUGUCAGAAUCACAUUCCUUUUCAACCACACUCGAAUGAACCGACCCGACCAGGAUUUACCCACAGAGUCUUAUUCAUUGAAUAUUCUAGGUGUUCGAAUAUCUGCUCUUUAGAUGUCACCGCUGUCUCUUGCUUCCUGAUAUGUGUUCACAACAAGCUGUCCCUUGCACUUCUUUCUAUUCUGAAUUUGCUCUCUUGCAAACAUAACGCUUGUGGGAGAGCUGCAUUACACUGAGACAAUUACAUGUAGUAAUGUGGCCUUAAAGGAACACUAUAGUGUUAGGAAUACAAAUAUGUAUUCCUAAUGUUCCAUGGCGAAUACAUGGUUAACCUUAAUAUAAUCCAGUGCUGGGCUCCCUCGGCACUGGUGACCUAUCCUCCGUUGACAUCAGCUGCCGAGUAAAGCCGCAUGCGCGCACGCAUUCAAACCCGCCCAUAGGAAAGCAUUACUCAAUGCUUUCCUAUGGGGGUCUUUUUUGACGCUGGAGGUUCGUGAGGACGUCCAGUGUCAAAUAAGUGCAAUUUACUCAGUGUAAAUCGCGGAAGCGCCUCUAGUGGCUGUCAGGGAGACAGCCACUAGAGGCUGGAUUAACCCUGCAGUGUAAACUUAAGUUUCCCUGAAACUGCUAUGUUUUCAGCUGCAGGGUUAAAACUAGGGGGUAAUAAAAAAAUACAGUAAGUUGUGUAGGCGCUUCAAAUAUUAAAUAAACCAAACCAAACAAAGUGAGUGUGAAAAAGGUGUAAUCCCUUAACACCUAAGAAACAAAGUGAAAGAAUAAAAGGAUUCACACACUCUAAAAAUUACUGUAUAUAGAUAUACCACCUAUAACAGAUAUGGGUAUAAUAAUUACACCUGUAAAACAAAUGAAAAGUACAUAGUGCUUUCCAUAUAAACAAAUACACAAUGUAUAAAGUAUAUGAGGAAUAAACUCACAAGGCUGGAGCCUAAUAGGCUCUGUGUAUAUCGCCCUUGGGUGCCUAUCCAGGCUCUCGAUAAACUUCUUGUGAAGAACUUGAAUUCCACGAAGAGAUAAAAAUGUGAAAUAUUUUUUAUGAAAUGUAUUAUUAAAAAAUAUAUAUCCAAUGGGGACAAAUAAGAGGCAGGUAUAAAUAAAUUAAGUAUAACACAGUAUCACACCGCAAAUCUGGCCAAGGAUAAAAGCAGUGAAAAUACUAAAAUGUAUAUACAAUAUAACAAUACCGCCAAACAAAAAAAAAAGUCCAAAAUGUGGCAAACGCGUUUCAGCCCUCAAUGGGGCUUUCCUCAGUACUGUAGUCUUGGGAUAACUUCAGGGUUUAAAUACUCCCUGGAUGCGCAAUUUUUCAAGCUAAAACACUGCACAUACAGAAUCCUACUACCAUGACCACUUCUAAAAGUGAUAAUGGUGGUUGGAGUAACCCUUUAAGCAUUGCCAAUAUCGCUUAAUUUCCUCAUAACUAUGCUCGUUUGUAGAGUUUCUGGUCUUAACCUAAAGUUUUUCUUGCCCUGGCAGGUUCCAUGUACCUCUUACACUUCACUCUAUGCUCACUCGCACGUACUAUACCAACAGAGGUUUCUGCUCUGCUUCAGUCCUCCAGUCCACCACUUGUUCCCUUGAUCCUAUGCUUUCACAUCUCACUUGCGCUUUGUCUUCUUCUCUUGCUCUGCCCUUCACUAAAAUAUUCAAUCCGUACCUAUCCUUGGACAUAUUUCCUUCAUGAUUCAAGCAUGCAACCAUCACCCUGAUUUCUAAAAAAGCCUAACCUUUACCCUUACUCCAUAUUCAACUACCGCCUUAUCUCGCUUCUACGGUUUGUCUACAAUAGAGCUGUGCUGAUUUAAUCCAAUUCUCUGCUCGACCUGCUUCAGUCUGGAUUCUGCACUUGUAACUCAUUGCUGCUAAAUUCAGUGGUCGCUACUCUCUUCUAAUUCUCCUUGAUCUUUCUGUUGCUUUUGACACUUUUUUAAUCAUCAACAACUCUUUCUCCUCCUCCAUAAUCUGAAUUUCUGCUCUUUCCCUGUUCUCUUCCUAACUCCCCCAACGCUCUUUCAGUGUUUCUUUUUCUGACUCUUCCCUCUAUGUUGGAAUUCAACAAAGUUCUCUCCUUGGUCCCCCACUGUUCUCGAUCUGUUCUGCCUCCCUUGGUAAACUCAGGUGCUCUUUUGGCUUCCAAUAUCACUUAUACGCGGAUGACAAGCAAAUCUAUAUGUCCUCUCCUAAUCUGUCGCCAUCCCUCGUGUCUCUGACUGCCUCUCUACUAUUUCCUAUUGGAUGGCUGCUCAUUUUCUUAAACUUAACCUAUACAAAACAGAGCUGAGGUGAGGAUCGUCUUCCUAUAACUCCCAUGCCUCACCCCUCUGUCAAUCAUUACACUGGCUUCCUGUAAGAUUUAGGGCUCAAUUUAAAAAUCUCUACAUAAUACUGCUCCUACCUACCUAUCCUCACUAAUAUACUUGUAUGUACCAUCCAGGCCCCUGUUCUCUGCUGAAGUCUAUUAUCUGUUUGUCUGAUGCCCACCUUUACGAUUUCCUAGGAACUCCCUUCCCUGCUCUGUUAGACUCUUACUCAGUCUUGUUUCACUCAAACUAUCAUUUAAAACUCUUUUCCUUAGCAAACCCACCCUGCUUCCUCUCUUACAACUGUGUCAUCCAGUAAACUAACCCUUCACUGUAAAAUAUUCUAGUAACCUACUUUUUCCAAUACAUUAAAUCCAUCCUACCCUUACUUUUUGUGCAACUCUACUCCACUCCCUCUGGAAUGUGAGCUCAUCUGAGCAGAGCCCUCCACCCCUAUGUUCCUGUGCAGCCAGCUUGUCUUGUUGCAAUUACUUGUCUCUUAGUCCACCUAUUGUACAGGGCUGUGGAAUUUGUCGGUGCAUCAUAAUAAUAGAACAACAACAACACUGGGAAAUACCCAGAAUUUACAUGUGUACAGCUAAUCCCUGUCUGAAGAAAUAACAUUUAAGUCCUCCGGUCUGAGAGAAAGCACAAAUUAAAGCUUUUGUAGUGCAAUAUUUUUUAUUUAAACCGUUUCACACACUAUACUAUGUUGGUGCAAAAUGUUUCUGGGUGUCCUAUAGUGGCAUUUGUCAGUUUCAAAUGCCAUAUAUGCAGGUCUGAUAAGUCUAAAUGUAGAAAAUCACACUUCAAGUGUAAAUUGUGCUGAACAAACUCACAGUUGUGGCAGCGGACUACCCUGCUCUGGCCAGGCACAAAAUUGCUCAGCCUUGUGAAGCUAUUUUUUUUUUUUUUUUAAUUUAAAGCUACUUGCCCUUUAAUUUCAAUUGCAGCCAGCACACAAAUAGUACUUGACUUUUUACCAAGCAAAUGAUAAUUUGACGAUAACUAGCAAACGUGCAUCCUGCUGGAUGCAUUUGGUCUCUAGUCACUGUAAAAUCAGUGCUUUGUACAUAUCCUAUAUCCUCUGCCUUAUGUAUAAAAUGCACUGAUUUUCAACCAGACACCAUAUGCAUCCAGGUAAGAUAAAUUUGGUUUGGCUGACCAAAUUCUGAUCUGGAAUUGGCUUUAGUAAAUAUGAGAAUUGCAAUUCCAGUUCCAGUCCAUUUUCUUAAAAUUUUGUCCUUUUAGAGUUUAAUAAUUUUACUUUGAUUGAAUCUUUAUAAACAAAAAACUUGCAGAAUGUUGUACCGUUUCAUGCAUUUUAAUGAAUAUAUUGUUUGAUGCAAAAAGUAUGUAAAACUCAAGGACUUUUUGAGCCUUAUGCUCCUAUUAAUGAUCUAGCGGUGUGAUUUUAUUUUUUCUCCAUGUGUUUGUUAAAUAAUUACAAUUUCUUAAAAAUCUUUUAAAUUCAGGCACAUCUGCUCAGCAACUUGAUGCCUCCUUCAGCACUAAUGCAUCUCUUGAGAUCUUUGAAAUGGACCUGGCAGACCAUUCCUUGGACAUGAAGUCAUGUGCUACUUUCUCAAGCUCUCACAGGUAUUCAUUUAUUAUCAAAUCAUGCUUCAAGGGUUAAUCAACCAUUAUAACCACUACAUUGCGUUGUAGUAGUUAUAAUGUGAGAAGUAAUGAGAGGUCAUUCGCUGCUAAUGGGACAAACUGAUAUUUAAACACCGUUACCUGGUCCUGCCAGGAACCUGUUCUCCUGUGAAGCAGGGUUUACAAUAACUGGCUUCUGCAGACCUGCAAUAGCUGCAUACCUAUCCUGCCGCUCAUUCAUUAGUUGAGAAUGUCUGCUGACUGUUCUCGGCCAUUGAAUGAGUGCAUUGAAUUUUCCACAUUACUGACAUUAGCCAGCCUGUAACUCUUUUUCAGGACUGACAGAUGAUGCCCAUGAUACUGCACCUUCUGCGGCAGAGGGGUUAAGCUCACAGCGAAACAAUGUAUACACAGACUCUAGGCACCAUGAUCACAUGAUAGUGGUCACACUGUUCCUUGAAAAAACAUGUGUAUACUUGUUGUACUGCCAACAAAAGUGAUCAAUUCCACAGUACAAUGUGUAUAUGUGUUAAAUAAAUAUUAGGAACAAAGAGGGAAAGUAUAUGUAGGUACUUAUAUUCUCCUUGCCCUAAAGCAAUUUUCCUCAAGCCAACAUCAAACCAACUUGAUUUAGCAGUUACUGUAUUUACUUGUAUGUGUUUUGAAAGUGUAUGACUGUAUGAGUGUUAUGUGGUUGAUUAUAAAACCCACAGUUAAAAUAGGCACCCAGACCACUUCAGCUUAAUGGUAAGUUAAACCCCUUCCACCCUCUAGAGCCUGGCGGGAGGGGCACCCUGAGGGCGGGGGCACCAUCAGGGGACUAUAGUGCCAGGAAAACAAGUUUGUUUUCCUGGCACUAUAGUGGUCCUUUAAUGCUAACAUUUGUUCAUCAAUAGCACUGUCAACCAUGGUGUUUUUUUUAUUUUUUCUUCUUCUUUCAGGUACCAUAAGCUUAUUUGGGGUCCACACGGGAUGAAUUCAGAUGGCGAACUUUCUGGGGUCCUUAUUGCUGGGGGAGAGAAUGGAAACGUGAUUCUUUAUGACCCAGCUAAAAUCUUAGCAGGUGACAUUGAAGUUGUCAUUGCUCAACAAGAUAAACACAGUGGACCAGUGAGAGCCCUAGAUGUAAACUCUUUUCAGGUACGUUAUGUUGCAAAUUACUAGCAACUAUGUUUGGCGCUGCGUAGGUUAUGGUCCAAGGGAAUUUCCUGUCUCUGUAAGAACAACAAGUUGUUAUGGUGCUUGGAAUGUACUUUAAUAUAAAACACGUUUCUGCAUGUAAAGUUAGCAUUGACAAAUAUCUAUAUAUUGAUCAAAUAUCUAUAUAUUGAUCAAAUAUCUAAAUUUUAUAAGUAUGUCUCCAUCUUCAUUUAUUCCCCCUCUUUUUCUAUAAGUGACAGUACCGAGCUGCCAGUCAUAUUAUUAAAUGGGAACUGAACUUAAUAUUCUGUAUGUUUAACCCCUAUAAACUGCCAAUAUGUUUUUGUAAGUCCUCCACCUUGAUUCCCUGUCAGUCAUACUUAAUAAAUAUUGCCCUUUUCUUCCCUUGAAAAUAACAAUGUUUCUUCUCCAUAUUUGCAUGCUGUACAUGAACUGAUCUAAAUCUUUAAUAUAUAUUUUAAAAGGAAACGGAGCAUAAAAUGUUAACAUAAGUUACUUUUCCAUGUUUGAUUUUUUUUUUUUUUUGUGAUGUUAGAAUAUCUUCAGAAUUGACUAUUCCGCUUUAAGUUCAUUAUUUGGUUUUCAUUUUGCUACUAUUCCAUGUCAAGAAAAAGCAACCCUUAUUCUCAAAUAACCACUUUGGGAUUCUAGUUGAGCAAGAAUAAUGUUCCAGUUUUGCAAAACUGAUUUUCAGUUCACUGUUUAGAAUCUUAAAAUACUUUUUGCUAGUGUUUGUUAUUAACUGCCGCCACUCUUUACAGACAAAUCUUGUAGCCUCUGGUGCCAAUGAGUCAGAAAUCUAUAUUUGGGAUCUGAAUAAUUUCGCUGUACCAAUGACACCAGGUGCUAAGUCUCAGGUAAGUAAAGCUGUCUGCCUGUUUUUCUGAAAAAUAAUUUUUCUAUUAAAUAAAUAAAGACCAAUUGCAUCCUUUAUGGUGUAUUGUUAAAGUAAUAUUGGUAUGAUUUACUUCAGCCUCUGGAAGACAUCAGCUGUAUUGCGUGGAACAGGCAGGUGCAGCACAUUCUGGCUUCCACUAGUCCCAGUGGGAGAGCCACUGUCUGGGAUCUCAGGAAAAAUGAGCCAAUUCUCAAAGUCAGCGACCACAGUAACAGGGUAUGUAUGUUGAGCUGCACUACAGGGAAGAUAUUAUGUUUUUUUUUUUAUUUUGUCUGUCAUAAAUACAUGUACAUUUAUUUUUUCUUUUCAUCACAUGGUUUAAUCUAGAAAUUUAAUUGGAUAUAUAUAUGGGCCAGUUGUUUAUGGCAUUAUGGUAAUUUUUUUUUUUAAUCUAUCUGGGCAGAUGCAUUGUUCUGGCAUGGCUUGGCAUCCAGAUGUUGCCACCCAGAUGGUACUUUCUUCAGAAGAUGACCGGCUCCCUGUCAUUCAAAUGUGGGACCUGAGAUUUGCUUCUUCUCCUUUGCGUGUCAUGGAAAACCACACAAGGCAUGAACCUUCUUAUUCUCUUUAAAUUGUGAUUUUGUUCUAAUGGCUAAAUUAAUGUUUCUGAAAACUAGUGGUGUUUUUCUCUUGUGCUAAGUAGUCACUGAGCCUUGCGGGAAUUGUAGUUUACAAACAUCUGCUGUGCAUGCUUAGUUACUACUACACAGAAACAACUUAACCAGAAGGGGGUUAAUUGAUGUUUAUAGCAUUAUUCUCGCCUCUGUUAUCUAAAAUGUUUCUCUGCCUUGCUAUUGUAAAUGGGUAGUCAGUCGAUACUAUACUUCACAGGACUAUGAUAUUUUUGGCAGUUGGAAUUUCAAAUGUCUGAUUUAAGAAAUGCUCAGAGUUCUAAAUACAUAUUUUCCUUGGCUGUAUUGGCACAAUUGUUAAGCUUUUGUCUGUGUAAUUAUUAACUCGUGUUUAUAAAUGCAGGGGGAUUUUGGCCAUUGCUUGGAGUAUUGCAGAUCCAGAACUGCUGCUCAGUUGUGGGAAGGAUUCCAAGAUACUCUGCUCAAACCCCAAUACAGGAGAGGUAAGCAGAACCAGGGCAGUAUUGAUUAUGGUCUUUUUAUAGAGUACAUGCUCUUUCAUAACUUGCGUAGAUAUUUAUCACCGUGAAAUGAAACCGUAUUGUGAUAAGAUGAGAGCACGGUUGGUAUAAUCUGAUAAACGCUAUGUAAAUUACACAGCAACCUGUAGCUUCCAUAAUGUUAUGAGCAGUUUCAUAAAACGGCUUGCAAUUUUAUUGGAAUUUUGUUAAUACAACACUUAACCUUUCUAAUUCUGUAUGUCUCUUGUUAAUUAAAUAGUUUUCAUUGUAUUAAGCUGUGCUCCUUCCACAGGUUUUAUAUGAACUGCCAACCAACACGCAGUGGUGUUUUGAUAUUCAAUGGUGCCCUCGUAACCCAGCUGUUCUUUCUGCUGCUUCUUUCGAUGGGCGCAUUAGCAUUUAUUCCAUCAUGGGUGGGAGCGAAGACAAUCAGAGUCAGAAGCAGGCAGACCAGGUAAAAGCAAAUAUUUAUUUAUUCAUUUAUCUUAAAUAUUUCCAUGGUAAGUGUCAAAAUUUCAUUGCUGACUAUGAAUUAUUCACGUUUUUAUUUUCUUGAUUCUUUACUUACUUGGUUAGCUUUUUAACCCCUUAAGGACACAUGACAUGUGUGACAUGUCAUGAUUCCCUUUUAUUCCAGAAGUUUGGUCCUUAAGGGGUUAAGGAUCAAUGAGUGUCUAAUAACCCUAUGACCAUUGGAUACCACUUGUGACAUGAGAUGUCUUGCUCCUAUAAAAUAAAUAGGGCUCUAAAGAGGUUCUGCUGAACAAUAAGAACUACAUUCUAAUGAUCAAGGUUCCAUUGGAUAUUAAGGAAACUGAUAUGCAUUUUCAUUGGUUUGCCCACUGUAACCUUAGUUUGACCUAUUGUUCUCUGCACAUCUGUACUAUGAUUGCAAAAUUGCAGAAUUCUGGAUCAGAAUGUAAAAAAAAAAAUUAUAAUUUGAAAAAAUAAAGAAUUUAAAAAAAAUUUAAAGUAUAGAAUUUCUCGACAUAUCUGAGGUGUUCCAGACAUGUCGAUCACUAAUCUUUAUUUCUCUAAUACAACACUAUAUUUCUUGUUAUACAGAUCACUUCAUCUUUUGGGAACCUAGAUCCAUUUGGCACAGGGCAACCUCUCCCCCCACUGCAGAUUUCUCAACCGCCAACGCAGAAGAGCGCUGUUAUUCCUCUGAAAAAACCCCCAAAGUGGCUCCGGCGGCCCGUUGGAGCAUCAUUUUCUGUGAGUGAAUUUUAAAUAUUUUAUACACCUAGUGACUUUUUAAUUUAAUGAUACAUAAAGGUGAUAUAUUAGGUGUUUGAGCUCUGUCACAUAUGGCAUCAAGCAAGGACAGUGAUGGCCACCCUGGCACUAAAGAUAUUUCAAAAUAGCCUGCCUAUCACCAUCAGACUCUCCCCUAGUGUCCAAUUGUUUAAAAAGUGCCUUAAAACCCAUCUCUUCAGUAAAGCUUAUUGCCUCCCAGAGUAACCUCUACCUCACAUACCUGUGCCUUGCUCUCUCCUCCAGCUUUGCUUCACUCACACCUUGUUUGAUUGCUAUCUCCUGUCCUUCUACGUUUUAUACCACACCUACUCUAGACUGUAAACUCAUUUGAGCACGGUCCUCUUCAACCUACUGUUCCUGUAAGUUUUUGUAUUUGUCUCAUUUAUUGUUAAAUCUUCCCCUCUUGUAAUGUUGUCAAGAGAUACCAAAUCGCUAUAUAAUUGGCAAUAAUAAUAAAACCCAUUUCUAAAACACGCCCACCUAGAAAUAAGGUUGUUUUAACGUAGUGGGAAAUGAACUAAACUACCUGGGGUGCCAACACUGGCCAUCAUUGUACUAGGAGAUGAAGGUAUCUAAUACUUGUGCAGUUUUUGAGAAGUCAUCUUACAUCAGGCUCAACAGUUCAAAUCUUUCCAUACUGUAUUUCCAUUAUUGGAUAUACAAUGAAAGCACAUAAACAUGAGGGGUGAUUUGCUGUGUACUAAAAAGUUGCAUUAUUUGUUGGUUCUCUUGUGCAAAUUUAUAGAAAACAGUAAAAUAGUUCUCCAUUCCGGUGCAGCUUUCUGUUUGGUCUAAAAUCUUCUAAUUUCACCAUAAACCACCUUUCAUUUUUUUGUUGUUGUUACAAUUUGCUGUGUCAUUCAUUUCCUCCUCAUAUUGUUUCACUUCAAGCUAAAAUAAUUGUAACUGAAUAAUUUUAUUAUGCAAUGUUCAUCAAAUGCUGUCUUUUACUCACUGUGCCACAAAAGCGUUAAAAAUACCACAAAAAAAAUUUAUUUAUUGACUCUAUAAUGGCAAUUAGAUUUAUCAUUCGACCAACACACUGUUCUUACCUGUAUGUUUGAAUAUUCUAAUUUCCUCCCUCAAAAUUUUUUUGUGUUUUUUAAAAAAAAUUUAAUUUUCUUUUACCAUUUAGUUUGGAGGAAAACUAGUCACAUUUGAAGCUUUAAAUGUGCCACCGACUCAACAACCACAGGUCCAGAACCAACACUUCCAUGUGCAUGUCAGUCAGGUAGUUACGGAGGAGGAAUUCCUGAACAGAUCUAAUAAGUUACAAGAUGUGGUCAGCACUGGAGCUUUCGUUGACUACUGCCAGAAGAAAAUUGAAGACUCAAAGUCAGACUUUGAGAAGAAUGUUUGGUCAUUCCUGAAGGUUGGUUAUGAAAAGAACAUUUCCUGUCUCUACUUUCCUCUGUUUUCUUUACAGGCACUUUAAGGUCUUUAAUUUUUCAAGAUUCUUUUGUUUCAGGUGUUGUACCGGAGGAUUGGAGGAAGGCAGAUGUUGUUCCUAUAUUUAAAAAGGGUUCAAAAUCCUUGCCUGGAAAUUAUAGACCUGUGAGCUUAACUUCAGUAACUGGGAAAAUAUUUGAAGGGCUAUUAAGGGAUAAUAUUCAGGAAUUCAUUGGGAAGAACUUUGUUAUUAGCAAUAAUCAGCAUGGUUUUAUGAAACAUAGGUCAUGUCAAACUAACCUAAUUGCAUUCUACGAAGAAGUAAGUAGAAGUAUAGAUCAGGGUGUUGCAGUGGAUGUGAUCUACUUGGACUUUGCCAAGGCAUUUGAUACGGUUCCUCACAAUAGGUUAGUUUUCAAACUAAAAGAAAUUGGUCUAGAUGAAUAUUCCUGUUCUUGGGUAGAACAUUGGCUUAAGGACAGAGUACAACGAGUUGUCAUUAAUGGUAAAUUUUCAGGCUGGACAAAAGUGGUAAGUGGUGUCCCUCAGGGUUCUGUUUUGGGACCACUUCUAUUUAACAUAUUUAUAAAUGAUCUUGAAAUAGGCAUUGAAAGCCAUGUAUCAGUGUUUGCAGAUGACACAAAACUUUGUAAAGUAAUAAAAUGUGAGCAGGAUAUUGCUUUGUUGCAGAGAGAUUUGGAUAGAUUGGGGGACUGGGCACUAAAAUGGCAGAUGAAAUUUAACAUAGAGAAAUGCAAAGUUAUGCACUUCGGGGUUAAGAAUGCACAAGCAACUUACACACUAAAUGGUAGUGAAUUAGGGAUAACCACACACGAGAAGGAUUUGGGCAUUGUUAUAGACAACAAAUUAGGCAGCAAUAUGCAAUGUCAAUCUGCAGUUGCUAAGGCCAGUAAGAUUUUGUCAUGUAUAAAUAGGGGCAUAAAUUCUCGGGAUGAAAAUAUAAUUUUGCCUCUUUAUAAAUCGCUGGUAAGACCACACCUUGAAUAUGCUGUGCAAUUUUGGGCGCCUGUUCUAAAGAAGGAUAUCAUGGCACUGGAGAGGGUCCAGAGACGAGCUACAAAAUUGAUAAAAGGAAUGGAGCAUUUUAGUUAUGAAGAAAGGUUACAAAAAUUAAAUCUGUUUCGUUUGGAAAAACGGCGCCUGAGAGGGGAUAUGAUAACUUUAUACAAAUAUAUUCGGGGCCAGUACAAACCUUUAUCUGGAAAUCUAUUCAUAAACAGGGUUAUACAUAGGACACGAGGUCACACAUUUAGGCUGGAAGAAAGGAGAUUUCAUCUAAGGCAAAGAAAAGGUUUUUUUACAGUAAGAACAAUAAGGAUAUGGAAUUCUCUGCCUGAAGAGGUGGUUUUGUCAGAGUCCAUACAGAUGUUUAAACUGAAAUUGGAUAAAUACUUACAAAAACAUAACAUACAGGGAUAUAAUUUCUAAUUAGUGGGGUAAUAGCUGAUUGAUCCAAGGAGACAUCUGACUGCUAUUUUGGGGUCAAGAAGGAAUUUUUUCCUAGUUUGUGGCAAAAUUGGAAGUGCUUCAGACCAGGUUUUUUGCCUUCUUUUGGAUCAACAGCAACAACAUUUCUGAGGAAGGCUGAACUUGAUGGACGCAAGUCUCUUUUCAGCUAUGUAACUAUGUAACUAUGUAACUAUGUAACUUUCAUAAAAGCCAGACCACUGUUUUUUUUUAUUUAUUAAUUAUUUUUUUUAUAGUUUUUGUUGUUUUGUUGUGCAGGUGAGUACAGAGCAAGCUAGGUAGAUGUGUCUAUCUGAUAAUCUAUUUAAAAGCACACAAGCUUGCAGCAUCCUGACAUCGUUGGUGCUCAGAGUUGUAUGUAAGAAAGGAAACCGUGACAUAGUAUAAACAUUUGUGUCAUUCUAGAAUGCUGUGCCAUGAUGACUAUUGUGUUAGCUAUUGACUGGUUAACUCAUAGUUUACCUCAGUGCUUCAAAAGGCUGUCUAGUUUUCGUAUUGUAAGCCAACAGGCAACUGGUAGACCUCUCACAUAGCUUUAAGUAGGGGCAAAAACCAUUAUGCAGAAUGUUAAUUUGAGGAGACUUAGGUGAUCUAAAGUUAUAGCAAUAUAAUAACAUCUUUAACCAUUUAUAUCAUUUUUGUUACUCUUGUGCUGCUGGGUUAUUAGCAGCCUAGGUUAAAGUCUCUGUCCAGAGACUUAUCUUAGCCGUCAGCCAGCUCCCGAAGUUAGAAAGUCAGCCGAUUCCCUGGCUGGGCUUCCACCUUCCUUGUACGCAAUGUGACUACUGUUAUUUUUAAAUCAAUAUGUAAUUAGAUUUUUUUUUUUACCACAGAUGUGAAACAGCAGUGCAGAGCAAAUAGUAGUUGCCCAUUCUCAAAUGAUGGCAGAGGAGCCUAGAAAAUACAAUAAUUAGCCCUCCCACCCUUGUCUCCUAUGUAGGGUAUCUAGGCCUAAAUUGCUCCUGUAUCUACCUGUCCUUGAACAGGCUUGAAUAUGUACCUUCUUUGUUGUUUUAAGCAGAUGGUGGAAUUCAUUCUGGGGAUUGUCAUGCUGUGCUAAGACCAGCAUCUGCAGCCACUAGGGAGAGCAUCUCUCAAAUAUUUGGUUUACUCAACAGUUGAAUGCACAUGCUCUGUGUGUAUUCAAAUGAUUAAAUUAGACACCAUGUCAGAGGCAGAUUUUAGCUAUGGGCACAUAACGGGAAACAGAAAAUGGGUGGAAAGCACUCUUGGAUGAUGAUACUUUCCACCAUAAUUGAGGCAGCACAUGCGUGGAGACAAAUGUUUUGCAUUUCAGCCCACUAAUUAAAGCGGCACUAUCACGGCGGAAUCCAGUUUUAUUUAAACCCCUCCCUACUCCACUACAUCUAAUUGUCCCCCUACUCACUCCCAAAUGUCCCUAAGCCCCCCAUAUUACCUAUUUUUUCUAUCUUUAUUUUCUGCCUGGACCUAGGUCCUGGGUGCCGCCAUCUUUGUGGGGGUAGAUGAAGUCCUGUGGGACACGUCAUCUGCCCACACUAGAUAGUGCUGUGAAAUUUCCACGCAUGCCCAGUUAAACACUUGGGCAUUCAAACGGGAAUUUCGUCCAUUCAUUCGUCAGAAAGCCGAAUAAAUGAAUAGAAAUUUUUAAACGAGUGAACGAAGACCUCUUUGUUCAUUUGGUUUAUUACAAGGAGGGAGCUACCGGUGCACAGCUCCCUCCUUGUAAUAUGUAAGAAUAGAAGCGGCAGGGAGCAGUGCUCCCCACCACUUCCUAAGCCCCCCAUGUCCUCCCUCACUGUAUGGGGGUCAAUAUGACCCCCCAUUAUAUCAUAAGGUAGAAUAAACUCUCCGAAUGCCCCUACUCGCUAUGCUGCAAGUAGGGUCAUGUCUACUAAACAGUGAGCACCCAGUCGCUGCUCACUGUUGUAAAAAAAAAAAAAAACACAUCAUGAAAGUUUGCUCUGGGGUAGUAACAUAUAAUGCAACCAGCAAUAUCCCCACUGAAGUCCCCCAAAAAUGUCAUGUCUUAUAGUGAUAUUUUCUCAUACCUUUCCAUCCUGUGCAGAGAUUGAGCGAAUCUAGUGCAGGAAGUGAAAGUUCUGUUGAAAGAUUGAAAUUGUAGAUUUUUGGAAAGAAAAAUUAUCUUCAGACCUAUUUUGAUACCUGCAUAUUUAUAUAAUUGUGCUCUUUUGCUGUUUGUAUUCCUUUAUUUUAGGUUAAUUUUGAAGAUGACUCUCGUGGGAAAUAUCUUGAGUUGCUUGGAUUCAAAAAGCAGGAACUGGUUGCAAAGGUAAACUUUAUCUUGUGCCCAUUCUUUUAAUUUUUGCAUAAUCAGGUUUAAAUUAACACAUCAAGUUUGACACAAAGCUCAGUAUACAUUUGAACAAUAUUACAACACAGUGGCUAAGGAAAACAUUCCCAAUUAUGGAUAUUUAGGUUUUAUAGAGCAGAUUACAGCAGUGUCUAGGGCUUUUGGGAUACUGAUGAUCAUUAUGGUUGUCUAGAUAUUAGGGAUCGACCGAUAUUGAUUUUUCAGAGCCGAUACCGAUAUUCUGUGAACUUUCAGGCCGAUAGCCGAUAUAAUUUGCCGAUAUUCUGUACAUUUACCAUUUUGGAAAAUAAAAACUAUUUCUAAAGGUAAAUGCACAAAAUAUACAUGCCACGUGUAGUGGAUGCAGUGUGACAGGGGAGCUGUGUGUGUUUGUGUAGUGUGUGUGUAGUGGAUGCAGUGUGUGUUUGUGUAGUGUGUGUGUUUGUGUAGUGUGUGUGGAGGAUGGAAUGUGUGUUUGUGUAGUGGAUGCAGUGUGUAUUUGUCUAGUGUGUGUAGUGGAUGCAGUGUGUUAGUGUAGUGAGUAUAUAAUGAAAGCGUAGUGUGUGGGUAGUGUGCGUAAAGUGAAUGCUGUAUAUACUAAAUGCAAAGUGUGUGUGUAUAUAAUGAAUGCAGAGUGUGUGUGUAUUUGUGUAGUGUGUGUAUAGUGAAUGUAUUGUGUUUAUAUAAUGCAGAGUGUGUGUGUUUGUAUAGUGUGUGUGUAUAUAAUGCAGUGUGUUUGUGUAGUGUGCAUUAUAUAAACACACUACACAAACACACUGCAUUAUAUACACACACUACACAAACACUGCAUUAUAUAAACACACUACACAAACACACACACUGCAUUAUAUACACACACUACAUAAACACACACCGAAUUAUAUAAACACACUACACAAACACACUGCAUUAUAUACCCACACUACACAAACACACACUGCAUUAUAUACCCACACUACACAAACACACUGCAUUAUAUACCCACACUACACAAACACACACUGCAUUAUAUACACACACUGUACAAACACACACUGCAUUAUAUACACAGUGUGUUUGUGUAGUGUGUGUAUAUAAUGCAGUGUGUGUUUGUGUAGUGUGGGUAUAUAAUGCAGUGUGUUUGUGUGCAUUGUAUACAAACACACACACUAUACAAACACACACUGCAUUAUAUACACAGUGUGUUUGUGUAGUGUAAGUGUAUAUAAUGCAGCGUGUGAGGGGGCAUUUUUUAUUAAAUUAUUUUAAAAAAAAUUAUAUUUACUUUAUUAUUUAUUUUUGUUGUCCCCCCCUCCCUGUUUGUUACCUGGCCAGGGAGGGGGGAUAUGACAGUCCCUGGUGGUCCAGUGGUAUUGGCUGAGCUGGGGGGGCGGAGAGCAAGCGCUUACUCACCUCCCAGCAGCUCCUCCAGCUCCCCAGUGUAACUCUCGCGGCCAGCGUGUCGCGCGGAGCGUUGCCAUGGUGAUCCAUGGCAACGCUCUGACGGCCGCGGGUCUCGCGAGAGUUACACUGGGGAGCUGCUGGGAGGUGAGUAAGCGCUUGCUCUCCGCCCCCCCAGGACCGCCGGGCUUGUAAUGAGCCUGGCGGUCCUAGGAGGUAUUAUCGGCAAUAUCGGUAUCUGAAUUGGCCGAUACCGAUAUUGCCGAGAAUACCGAAUAUCGGCCGAUUAUAUCGGUAAAACCGAUAAUCGGUCGAUCCCUACUAGAUAUACACAGAAUUCACUGAAGAUAUUUAAAAAGAGUUGGCCGGUAAUUGGGAUUACAUAACAGAUGAGUAGACACAGCUCCACUGUACGGAAAUGGGUAGUGAGCCAUGAGAUUGGAGCUGGGGGGUAGGGUGUUUCAACUUAGGAGCUAGCAUGGCCAGGGCGUUCCAGUUAUCGGCCCUUUCAGGGCUCUUCGGUACGGUUGUACUGCAUGGUAGGCUAGGCUAUUGGUGUACACAAACAAUAAAAUAAACUGAAAACAUAGUAUUGGUUCAACAGCAAAAGAGUAUAUAUAAAAAGAAAAGGUAGAAAUUAUGAGAGUCAGUAACCGCCGUCUUCGUUGCUGGAACAAAAGGGAUGACAUUAGCGGGAUCCCAGAUCGUGAUUGCGGGUGGGUUGAUGUUGUCUAGACCCAGCGCUGCGAGGGUGACUUCAAACUCCGAAGUGUCCUAUAUCCCCAUUGUUCUAUAUUCUGGUGCUGAAUGAGGAGCCGGCGGGGCGAACCCCAGUGGUACUUGAUGCCCUUAGUAGUCAGGGCGGCUGUCAGAGAUCGGAGAGAUUUCCUCCAUAGCAAGGUUGCGCGUGAGGAAAGUGAGAUCCAUGUCCUCAAAAUGCUAUGGGUAUUUCCCCCUGGUCGCAUUCAGAAACGCCAAAAUUUUUUUUUUUUGCCUGGUUGUAGUCUGCUCCACAGCCUCCAGGCAUGUAGUAAACCCCCUGACAUCCUCCCUGACAUGUGUUAUUUCUGCUGAGUUUGGGUGGUAUGGGGUAAUCCUCUGGUGAAUGGGGUAAUCCUCUGACUUGUCGGAAAAGUCAGCUAGGUCUGCCGCCAUAUUAGGUCUAUCCCCGCCUUGCUGUCUCCAUAGUAGGUCACCAAUAUCUGCGGAAUAACUGGGCCGAUUCGCCCGUUUUUUUUUUUUUUUUAAAUGUUAUUUUUUUUUUUAAUUAUUAUUUUCGCCCCAUCAUGGGGGAGAUGCUUCCCAGUUGUCGGUGGGUUAUUUGUGCCUUUUGGGGUGCUUUAAAUCAGGUGAUUUUUGUGAUGCACCUGCGGUAGAAAACUAGCUCUGCCCCCCAGGUUUAUUGGUUUCAUGCAUUCUAACUGAAACAAGCAUCUUGCACACUGUUUUCAUUGAAGAGUUACUCAUUUGAUUAUUUUUAUCACUGUAUUUCAAAAAUCUGCAAAUUUGUGGUGCAAACAGAUUGUUGUAAAUGUGUUUUCUGUCAUUAAUUUGGUGUUUCAGAAUAACAAAAUCUACUUUAAGAGUAAUUAUUAAAUUAAAUUCCAGAUUGCAUCAGCUUUGAGCAAUGGAGCUCUUACAGAUGGAACACACGAGGUGAGCCCAACGAGCUGGAAAAGCCUUCUGCCACAUUACACUAGUUUGUGGAGCAUGAAAAACUGUCUAUUUUAGUUAUGCAUUUCCAAUUACAUAUUUCCUUACCAUUGUACAUGAAUCAUAUUAACCAGCAUGCACUUCACCUCUUCCUUAGGAAUAUAUGCUCAUGUUUUUUACAUUUUACUUUUUAUAUACUCUGAUUACGCUAUAACUUCAGAGGUGGGAUCGAGUCGUGAUUACAUCAUUAAUGCUUAUUUGUGCUAGGUUUAAUUUGAAACACUCAGAGAAAUUAUUUUUUUGGGGCACAAAAGAAAAUCAUUGUUGGGGCUGUGGUACUAAAAAGAUUGUUUUUAUAUAAUUAAGCUAAUGGCUGGAAACUUUUUUUUUUUUUUUUAAAUUUAAAAAAAAGAAAAAAUCAUUUAUCUUACAAUACAACCAGCACCUAAAGUUCAUUCACAACCUCCACCUCCAAAUUGUCCCUUUAACACCAAUUCCUGUAGUAGUAUGUUUAUAUAAAACAUAAAUUAUAUAAUCUGCAGCGCAAGCAUUCAGGUAUUUUAAUCUUUCUUACCCGUACCUUUGUAGUUUGUGUUUUCUUGGUGUUUUUUUUGCUUUUUUAAAAGUCUUUAUUUUGUAUAGUGCAAGUUUCCCAUUAACACCUUCUUACCUUAUUGCAAGCAUGUCAAACUCAAAGUCUGGCACGGGCCACAUAAACAAUAUUUAAGUUUACGUGGGCCGCAAAAAAAAAAGAAUAACUUAAAUUUUCAUAGAAACAUAGGUUUAUUUUAAAAAGUACAGUAUAAAAAAAAAAAGGGCAGCAAAGAUGUCCAUUGUGGGCCGCGAGUUUGACAUGCUUGCCUUAUUGGGUAAGCUUUGUGAUAUGCAUUAUUUAUUCCUGUUUUACUGUUUUUGUUUUAUUUUUUAAUUUGUAAAUGCUGAUAAUGUUCUGAAAGCUAACAACUCUAAAACUAUUCCACUGUUUGGAAAAACAAUACAUUGCAUGUCAAGUAGUGUAGGUAUGUUUAAUGUUACAAACAUUUUUAAGUGGAAACGGACACUCUAAAGGCCUCUAGAUUAUUAUCCUGUGUGAUUGCAUGCUGUAUAAUGUGUCAUUAUAUAUGUAAACCGUUAUACACGUCGAUAAAACAUCUAAAAUUGCAUGUGCUGUAUUUCUAUGGGGGAAGCUUGUUUCUUUUUACUUCCCUGUGUCUUGUAUUUCAUUUAAUCUGUACUGUUUCUUUAAUCAAGGCUGUCUUUUCCUUUUUUUUUCCAUUCUUUAAUUCUUCAAUACUAUUUUAUCAUCUUUAAUACAAAAAAAAAAAAAACAUAAGGCUGUGAAACAACCUGACCAAGCUCUUGAAAGUGAUGAGGAAGAAAGCCCACCUACAGAAGAUCAGAUCUUGGGGGAGGUAUUUUUUUUUUUCUAUUCUUUCCUUAUUCUGUGUGCCUUUUGAACUUCCUUGAUGAUCUCUUUGAAGCUUUCACCAUUGCUUGCAGCUUGACCAGCACAAAAUAUAGAUCUACAAUGGGAUACCAGACUUUUGUUGAACGUUGUGAUACUUGCCAACAGAUAUGUUAUCUCUUAGUGUUUGUUGGGAGUAUAGGGACCAUCCAAUUUUAUGUUCUCUGAAAAGGAAUGAAGAAUACUGAUUCUUUGAAUGUACAGGGAGCAAAAUAAUGUAUUAGCCAAACAUAAAUAACAUUUUCUUCUCCAUAUAUAAUCUGAAAUGUACAUGGAAGCAUGAACCCAUAUAACCCAGUUUACUUAUCCCCAAAUGUUUAACAAAUAUGUAUUUGUAAGGUAUAAACAAUAAAAUUAAAUGUAGAAAUCCUCAUCUCUUUAUCCACAAACUGGUUGCCUCCAUCGUAGCUCCCUGUCCGUCAUUGUUACAAGCUUUCUCCUAUGCACCUAGCAGCCAGUCUAGAGAAAGCAUAAAAAGAGGACAUUAAUUAUGAAAGAAAAUUAACCUUUUUUUUUCUUUUUUUUUUUCUUUUUCUAUUUCUCCUCAUUUAGAGUUUAAAAAACAAUUUGCUGGUGUAAUUUUCAGGGAAGUGACAUUUCCCCUUCAAUUGAAAAUGUGCAUAUUUCCUUCCCAGGAUUAUUACUAUUCUCUUGCUCAAUUUGCAGGAAUGUAGAAUGGACUAUUUCUGUAUAAUAAACAAAACAUGAAAAAAACAAAAAAAAAACAAGUAUUCUAAAAGAGAAGAAAUAGAAAUGGCUUGGCCAGUCUUUUGCCUAUGUGUCCUUUGAAAUACAGUGGUUCCUGUGUGUUCAAAUUAAUUGAGAGAACAGUUUACACACUUUCUCAAAGCAAAUUUGCUUGCUUUUGCUGAUUGCUAAUGUAACUAAGUGGCUCUCAGAUUAUUCUAAUUGAAAACACGUUGCUAAUUCCCGUGGUGUAUUUUCUUAUCACAUUAUGUAUUAGAUUUCAAGCGAGGAUAAAGAAGACAGUUCUGACAAUGUUUUGACUGGUGAAACAUUUAACAUAUCAGUGAGUGGAGGUAAUACCACCUUUUAUUACUUCCUACUUUGUAGUUUUUUUGGGUUUUUUUUUCCUCCUUGUUUCACACUAUUUUAUUUGUGUUAUUUCAUCAAAACUAAUGCUUGUUCGUCUGGUUCUGCAAGAAUUUGAAACAAACACUACACCAGUGUUUUGGCAACUUUUUCCUGUGGCGAGCUAUGACUACUGUGAUAAUUAGUUGUGGUUUAUCAGACAUUGUGUAUGUAAUGCAAAUUAUUCACUUGACAUUGUACUAUAUUAUAUUAUUGUUAUACUGGACUACAAGACUACAAGUCUAUAAGCAAACUCUGCAUUCUCUAAAAUUAACAUAAACUGAGCUGCUCAGUUCUAAAUCCAAUAACAAUCCUUUCAGUUAGGCUCAGGCUUUAAUGAUGAAUCACUAGAGCUGGUCUUGAAUAUUUCUUGCAUGUUCAAAGCUUGAGAGACACACUGUAAUAAUUUGUAGACUAAGAUGAACAUCAGAAUGCAUGACUAUGUCAUACACAUACAAUAAAAAUACUUCUAAAAGCAUUAAAAAAAAAUACUGUUCUCUCAUGAAUUCUGGUGUUCCCUUUUUUUUUUAUUUUAUCGCUAAAUGUAUUUUGUGUUGUGAGGAAAGUGCGGUUUUGGGUUUGUUUUUUCCCCAGCCAUGUUAGGUCAAUACUUUGGCAUACUUAAAGCUACGAUUCAGUGCAACUGUUUAUCUACAUCAAUAUUUCCUUUCCAUUUUAGGCUGUUGGAUAAACUUUUUGAAUAUUUUCAGAAUAUUUCAAUGUCAAAAAACAUAAUAUUUAAAAUAAUGAUCAAUCUAAUAUUUUUCUAAAUAUUACAGGAUGUUUACAUCAACCAAAUUUCCAACAGUUUGUAGUUAAGGUGCUCAUGUCACUAUCUUUUGUCUCUGUAGAUGUUGACGGACUGAUCACUCAGGCCCUCCUGACUGGUAACUUUGAAAGCGCCGUUGAUCUCUGUUUACAUGAUAACCGCAUGGCCGAUGCAAUAAUAUUAGCCAUAGCCGGUGGGCCAGACCUGUUGGCAAGGACGCAAACAAAGUACUUUGCCAAGUCAAAGAGCAAAAUUACCAGGGUAUGUAUAAUAUAAUAGAUAAGUAGACAAUAUAUUUGUUGCAGUGUACAAAUCACCACAUGAGGAUGUGAAUAAUUUAGAUUUCAUUUUUACAUGGUCUCCAGCAUAUAUGAUGCAAGUUGAGAGCUCUGCUUAUUGUGAAGAAAAAAUAAUCUAAUUUCAUGCAAAUAUUGCUUUGCAGUUAAACCCUUGGCACUAAAACAUUUUGGAGUUCAAGAACAACUGUUGGGUAGAAUGCUGUUUUAGUGCAAGGAAUAACCUAACAUCUCCCAUUGUAAGCAUCCAAAUUAGUUUAGCACGGUUGGAAUUCUUACCUGGGCAUCUGCCAGGCACCACUUCACUGCAGGAGGAGGUGAUAGAUGGAAGCUCCUGUUGAGAGCUUGCAGUGUAAGGCUGGCUUAUCGGCCGAGAGUGUCAGCAGAUCACUCUCAGCCAAUGAGAGAAACCCUGCAAAACAGUUUGACUACUUACAAUUUGGGCUCCAGGGCACCUCCACACCAUAACUACUACUGCAAACUGUAGUAUUUCUUUGGUGCUUGUAUUGUUCUUUAUCAUUGUUAAAUACAAUUAGGAUGCUGCAAAAUACAUUUAUUCUCUAUGAUUUGACUUUUUAAAAUAUAAUCCCAACCUUCCCCUCCUUCUACCCUGAUAUGUUUGACCUAUAGUCUUUUCUUUUCCCCCCUCUCUCUCUCCCAGCUGAUCACUGCUGUUGUGACCAAGAACUGGAAUGAAAUUGUUCAAUCAUGUGAUCUUCACAAUUGGCGGGAAGCUCUUGCUGCUGUAUUGACUUACGCAAAGCCCGAAGAAUUUGCAUCUUUAUGCAGUAUGUAUUCAAUAUACUGUCUGGUUUAAUUGUUUCUUUGCAGUUGGAUAUAUUUGUGUUUAGAUAUGAGAUCCUGCAAGGUGGUGGUCUGUGAUGCUUCAAAUCCACACAUUACUAAGUUAGUGUAAACGUUAGCUGUAAAAUGUGUUUCCAACUAAAGCAUUUCCAGCUGUCUUGUGUGAGUAAAAUUCUGUACUCCAGUAUGAUGUCACAUGCAUUGUAUGGAAGCAAUAUAGUUUUCUUACUGUAGCGCAAUGCUAUUUUAACUAAAUCUGUCAACCACAAACUUAGGGUUGUCAAGGUUCCUAUUCAUUAAAUAAUGGAUAGCUGGCCAUACUUUGUACUAACAUUUAAAAAAGAAAAAAGAAAAUUUUAAAACAAUUUUGUAGAUGUACCUUAAAGAAAACAUGUAUGCAUUUUGGCUGCAUACUUUCUUCGAGGGGAUUAUGAAAAGAAAUCAGCUUGCAAAAUCUGUGGACUUUGCAACUCUUCUCUUCUUUCCCCACCACAGAUUUUGAGUCCGCAACGAUAAAUACACCAUACUGACCAUGCUAUCAUGGCUUUCCCAUGUUUCUCAAUCAGCAGUAGUACAGCUCAUUGAGAAGAAGUGAAGGCACACUCUAGCUUAGUGCACCUGCUACCUCCGUUAGCUCUUUGCUUUUUGGUAGCAGACGGGAACCUGUCCCUUAGCCAGAAAGGAAUUUCUGUCCCCAAUUCUAAAAGUGACCAUUUCUAUUGAAAUUGUCACUUUUACAAACUUUCGCACAUGUGACAGACUCCGGACACCCAGCUGAAAGGUUUUGUGUCUGUGGUUUCCCUUUAAUGUGCAAUCACAGAAUGCAUUGUACGAGUGCAUAUUCCAUUGUAAAAUGUAGAAAUAUACCCUGCAUUUUUAAGAUCUUUACACAGAUCUUCUAGUUUGUUGGUUUUUUUUUUUUUUGUUUUUCCACUGACAUUUUUUAACAUGGUUAAUUUGUUAACAUGCAGUGGUUUUUUUUCACAUAUCUUUUUAGUGAUACAUACAUUGCAUAUAUUCGGAUAUUUAAUUUUUUAAAAAUUAUUAUUAUUAAUUUUGUGAUAUUACACUAGUUUAAAAAAAGUUUUAUCUUGUCUUUCAUCAGAACUUGUAGCGAAGUGAUUUUCCUUUACCUUUCAGAUCUCUUGGGCUCCAGACUGGAGAAAGAAGGGGAUGUCCCUCUUCAGGCACAGGCCUGUCUGUGCUAUAUUUGUGCAGGGAAUGUAGAAAAACUGGUAGCUUGCUGGACCAAAGCUCAAGAUGGCACAAAUCCUCUGUCCUUACAGGUCAGUUUGUGCUCACUGUAAGAAGAAAAAUGAUGGGGAAUGAUCUAAAAAGUUGAUAAAUGAGCUAGAAUGUUCUAGUGUUUUCCGUUGUGAUUGCUCCACUUUAGAAUUUAAUUUUUCUUAAAGGGACACUAUAGUCACCAGAACAACUACAGCUUAAUGUAGUUGUUCAUGUAAACACUGCCAUUUCAGGGAAAAGGCAGUGUUUACAUUGCCCCUAGGGACACCUCCAAGUGGCCACUCCUCAGAUGGCCACUGGAAAGGCUUCCUGGCUCAAGGCUACACAGUAAGCAGCCCUGUCAUUCAGCGACCCCCAUGGACGCUGAAUUUUCCUCAUAGAGAUGCAUUGAUUCAAUGAACCCCUGAAUGGUGGGUUUAACACUAUAGGGUCAGGAAUACAUGUUUGUGUUCCUGACCCUAUAGUGAUCCUUUAAAAUGUCAUUGUUUAGGGGCAUAACAGAAAAGACUCUCUUACUUUCCUAGUAGCUAUUAAAUAUGUUUCCAGCAACAAUUUUUGUUUCUGUUAAAAAUAAAAAAAAAAUGUAAUUUACACAUUAUCCGUAUCCUUGGAAAGGGUUCACUUUUUGUAAAAUUGCUUUAAAACAAUUUGGCAGAAAAAAAAAUUGGAACAGUACCUGUGGCCUCUUAGGAUGCGAUUACGAUUACCUUUGUGCCUAGUGGCUCCUGCAGUGCUUCUGGAAGAACUGGUCCAUAUAUGAUUGCAAAAUUUAGUUCUACUAAAUUGGGUUAAUGUACAUGUUAGUGAAUUUCUAACAAUAGGUGUACUGUUUUGCUUAAAUUACUGUAGUAAAGUAAAGCUAUAGACCACACAAGAAAACACAUACUCAUUGCUUGAGAACCUAGCUGUCAAUCUCUUGCAUGCAUAAAUUGGCAUUUGUCUUCCAUGGAUCAAAUCUCACCAACUUGCUACUUUUUCUGGUUUACUGUAUUUUGUAUAUUCAGUCUGGGAAUCUAGAGUUCUCAUGCACUAGACUUUCUUACGGCAUUUAUCCAUUUUAAUACUCCGUAGAAAACUCUGCGGUUACAACAAAAAUACAAAACCCAAAUCGCUCAGAGAACAAAUGAAUAACAAAUAUGUAUGCAGACUCCGGGUCCAUUGCAAACUGUACUUAUUGUUCCUUUUGCACUUUGUUAGGAUCUCAUAGAAAAAGUGGUCAUCCUUCGUAAAGCAGUGCAAGUCACGCAGGCUGUGGAAACACAUGAUGUAGGGGCCCUUCUGGCGGAGAAGAUGAGUCAGUAUGCAAAUCUGUUGGCUGCUCAGGGAAGCCUUGCAGCUGCUUUGGCGUUUUUACCCACCACCACCAAUCAAGUAAGGAAAAUCUGUAUUAUUGUAUUCAUUUAUAAAUGCAGACUUUCAGAAACUACACUACUUUUUAAUUAACGAACUAGCUGCUUCAGACUGUUUAUAAAAAGAAAGAAAUGAAUUGGAUAUUUACAUACAAUGUUUGUAAAGUCUCUAUGGAUAGGACUUCUUAGUGUGAACAAAAUACGAAGAACAGUGGAUCACUAUGUCAUUUAAAAAAAAAUAAAAAAAAAUGGACUGAUCGCCAAGAAUGACAAAUAUGCCAAAUUACACAUCGUCAUGCAGUAAUCCAGAAUCCAGUGCGUAUUACAGUGAUGUGUAAUGAAAGCAUACUUAUUAUUAGAUUGUGUAACUUUAUUAAAUUAUUUAAUGUUUUAAAUGUCCAGAGUGUUGUACUGUUAAAUAUUUCUUUUUAUUUAUUUCAAUAUUUCAGUUAUAUAACUGAUAAGUUAUAUUUCUUUUUAAUUUUUAUUUUCAGUUUAAAGUAAAAUUUAAAAAAAAUUAUAAAUACAUUUAAAUUUAUAUAUAGCUUUUUAUUUUUUAUAAUUACUAGCAAUUCUGCACAGUAAUAGGUUUUCGGAUUGUUUUUUGUUUCUGCUAGCUGAACAUUGUGCAGUUACGGGAUAGGCUCUCUAGGGCACAGGGAGUUGAUGGAAUAGCGCCAUCUGCUGGUGUUACUACCAGAGGAGGAACAGCAGCAGCAGGACAACAGCGAGCACCAACUCGAAUGCAAACAGGCCCCGAUUCCCAGUACUAUGCACAGGUAUGCAGACUAGCACAAUUCACCUUCACAUGUCAUACAAAUGUGUUAUGGAGCGAACGCUAAGAAUCAAUUGUGGAUUUGUGAAUCAGUAUCUUCACCAAUUGAGAAACAUGACAUUAUGCUAACACAAGCAGUUUGCUUUUAUACAAUAAUUUAGUAUUUUCCAUUUACAGGAGAGUAAAACCUUUGAUGUUUUCUACUUUUGAUGUAAUUUUUUUUAGCCUGAAAUUCAACUUUGUUUUAAUAUAGCAAAAAACAUGUUGUUUGAUCUGCUUUACUGUGAUAUAGUUAUAGAAGGAUGCUUUGAUCACUCUCUUCCAAUUUCUCUACGAAGGCUGUUCUAGUAGGUAAGUAUCUGUGCCGACUUGCUAACCAGCUAUUUACUCCUGAGCCUGAACAUUUUUGUGAUUUACUUUUUAUUUAUUUAUUUCAAAGAACAGUGGUAUUUUGGCCAUGUUAUGGGUUCUUUACAUAUGGAUCCGAGACAAAAAAAAAAGCAUGCACAUACCCACCAAAGCAGGUGCUACUCUGAGGGGCACUUUCUUUCUUAUCUCAGUUUUUCCGGUGAUUGUUAUUUCUUUGUUCGAUUCAGGCUAGGAUUGCCCCUACUGUCACUUCCUGGAGUAACAAAAUCCCUACUGCCCUUACAAGCUGCACACCUGCUGCCUCCAUCUUUGAUACUCAGGUAUUAUAUUGCAAUCCAGAAUGGAUUUGCUUCUUUAUUCCCUUGUUAUAACUUUUGCUCUUGACUUUUGUUUUAUUUAUUCAUUUUGGCAUUUUACUUAUAUAUAAUUUUUGGCUGCUCUUGGAGCAUGCAUGUCCAAGCUAUAAAUAGUCUAAUGUAGCUCAAUAACCUUUUAUAUAAAAUCGCAGCAUUAGACAUGUUUUAAAACCACUGUUUCCAGACACUUGGCCAAUAAAAGUCCACUUUGUGUGGUAGCUGGAGGGUGAAGCAAAGGUAACUUAUACUUACCUGAAACUCUUCCUCACUGGACCAGUAUCCUCUUUCUUCAGGUCCUGGCACUUCAUUUACUAAAAACCUGCAUUAUUGCUAUACUGUCUUGCAUGCGCAAGAUUUUAACACUAAGGUAAACUGUCAAUCCCUUGAGAUCCUCCGUAGAAAAUUCAUGCUGGGGGGAAUUUACCAAAAUUAAUGAAUGAAGCUUUGUCAACAUUAAUGGCAUUUUGUGAACUGGACUGUGUGUGUAGAUUUCCUAAAUCACAGACACCAAUUGUUCUUUGCAAAAGUGUACAAAUAGGGUAUCACUGUCCUCAGGAGAUGUUGCUGAGUAUAGUUUAAGAUUUUUACAGUGGGAUUAAAAAAAAAGCAGAAAAAUACAUGUGUACAAUUGAUACCCCUAGUUUAAAAAAAAAAAAAAAAAAGUGAAUAAAUGGCACCUUAAAAGCGGCACUGUCAUGGCUGAAUUCAGUUUUUUUUUUUUUUUUUUAAACCCCCCUCCUGACUCCACUACAUCUAAUUGCUCCCCUAGUCAGUCUGCGCUGUGCCCUUCGCUGGGUAGAGAUGGAUUAUUUUUUUAAGCGUCUCGAUUUUUAUUUUUUUCUGCUUUUUUAUUUUUCUUUUGGCGCUUGGGUUUUUUAAUUUUAUUUUAUAAGUUUGACUGGUAUUAUUGAUUUUUAUUUGGCCUUUUAGAAAAAAGACCUCAAAUGGGUAAGUAUUUUUACAUUUAUUUACAGGUAUUUGGUUUUAUUGUCUCCACCCUCACUAUUUUUUUUUUUUAUUUGUAGAUUUUGUAUUUCAAAAGUAUUUACCAUCGUAGAAUAGGGGUACAGAAAUAGAAGGGGGGGAGUCCAUGCAAAAAGAAAAACAUUUGCGUCUGGGGUGGCAAUUGACAUCACAGGUACAAGUACAUAUUUGGACAGACAAAUGAUACAUAACAAAAGGGUUUGUCAGAGUAAUACAUUUCAUACAAUAUUCAUUUAUGCGUCUAAGACGUGUACUCUCUCUAAGGCUGAGGUUCGAGUUUGUAUGGUGAUCCGGUGUGUCCAUUUACUGGGAUCCAUAUAGGGUUGUGGGCCAGAGGUCCAGAUCGAUGUCAGGGGUGUCGAGUGGGGAGUCAAAGUUGUCAGCCCCUGCCUACCUGUUUCGACACCCUCACUAUUUUUAGGGUGAGGGGUGUAGGGUAGGGCUUUAUUUUAUUUUGGUGGGGAGGGGUGACUAGGGUCUUGGGGACCCCUAGUCACCUGGGGGACGAGGGCAAUAGGUCCCUCUCCCCCAUUGUCAUUUAGGGCCCUCACCCGUCGCUCAUGGGUGUGGCCUAGGGGGUGGUGGGGAGGACGACAAUAGAUGUGCAGUUACGGGAUAGGGUCCCCCUCCCCCAUUGUCAUUUAGGUCCCUCCCACCCCCCCAAUUUUAAUUUAGAGUCCCAACCCGCCACUCAUGGGUGGGGGCCAAGGGGACCCUAUGUUCCCUGUUUAGUUGAAUAGCUCCCACUUGCGGGGCACGGGCUCUGAGCACAGGAAAUGGAGCACACUUUGUUCCUCCCCUGGUCAUAGCUGGUCAGGUGUAGGACAAAUACAUAAGACAAAAUAGUCCUUACUUUGUCUUAUGUUUUAAAGAAAACUAGAUCAGACAGGAAGAAAUGAAGAAGAGAGCAAGAGAAGAGGAAGCGAUUAGGAAAAGGUAAGUUCUGCAUGACAGUACCGCUUUAAUAAAGUUAAAAAUAUAUCCUGUGAUAGUCCCCAUGGUGUCCACGUUUGCAAAUAGCAUGUAUUUAUGGAGUAAUUUAAAUAUGUAAGCUACUAAAAUACCCCAAGAUCAUAAACCACUCUUCAAUUUGCUAUGUUUUAAAAAGACCAAAAUAGGCAGAUUAUAAAAUCAACUCUGUAUUUUCCCGCAACUACUUAUUCGAAGUGGGUCAUUCUGUACUCUGGAGAUAUAUUUGAGCACAAUUUAGUGUUUUUUUAUUACAGUAGUACAUAUCAAUUUACAAAAUAUACAGCUAAAUUGCAAUGUGCAUCUGAAAAAAAAAUACCUAAGACUUUAAAGAAAUUAGUACUAAAAUAGCUGUAUAAUAAGGUUUAAAAUAUACACAAUGACCUACCCUGUGAUGUCUACCUUCACAAAUGGUAUGCAUUUAUAUUGUACUUUUAAGUGUCAAACUACAGCAAUGCCCCAAAAUGUAGACAAGUACCAUCAAAUCAUCUAUCAAAAUGCUAAGUGUAAAAACUUAUUUAGAGUCAGGUCUCUUAUAUGGCACUGUAACUUCAUAGGAUAGUGCCAAAGCCAUACAUUGCUGUUGGCAAUCCUUUAUUCAGAAAAGCUUGCUGAGCAUAAUUUGACUCAGUGGCACAUAUUAGAUUUGUGCUUUUAGAUUUGACUUUUAUAAUGCCUCAAAAUGAGACAUAAGUCUAUCAAAACCAUCUCUCAAAUUCCAGCUAUAAAAACUAAAAUGGUCAGGUCUCUUAUGACGCUGUACCUUCACAGAAUAGUGGCAAAGUCAUACAUUGGAAGUAUCAUUGUACUCAGAAGAUGUUGCUCAACACAAUAUUGGGUAUUGUAAAGUAGGAGCACAUGUCAGGUUUCGUAAACACACAUAAAAUAAAAUCUUAUGUGUGUGUUAAACAGAACAAAAAAAGCUAUAUUUCAAAAUUCAAUGUUAAACAGAGAUUGGCAGUUAUUAAUGUUCGAUAAAUAGCCUGUGAUGUUUAAUAUAUAUAAUAUAUAUUGUUUUUUCUGUGACGGCUUUUAAGCUUACAAGACAAACUUAGCACAUUCUAAAAUCGCUCCACAUUUGAAAUUAUGUUUGACUUCUGGUAUUUUGUGACCUGUAACAACCAAAACUGAAUUCCUAGACUUAUUAUGUACUCGAUAAAUCAGGACAAAUGAAUUAAUUUAUUUUGAAUUACUUUUCUGAAGCUGCACUAUAUAUGUUUGGGGGCACUUGAAGAUAAACCCUUAAAUUACGGCGGAACAAAGCUAUAGAUCAAAUUCAAGGUUUGUUUUGCUUUAGAACAUGGACAAUUACCUCUGUCCUUAAGGGAUUCAUUUAAGACUUCUUAGCAAAUUGUUCAAAAAAGUCACAGUAAAGAACUAUCAUCAAAGGUGGUUUUAUUAUUAAAACCACAAUGACCAUUUCAGUGACUUGUAUGUGCAGUAUUCUGCUUGAAGCACUGCACACACCGAGAUAUUUCUACUUGUGUGCUGGAUGCUAAUUGCACCCCCAGCAAAAGUAAUGUUCUGGUUUUCCAAUGUCAAUUCUGUGCAUAUUUUGCGUAUUUUUUUUUUUUUUUUAAACCCUCCCGUAGCUUGCCCAGAGUGUGAACAUGCGCUAUUAGCUGAUGAAACAGUCCAAUCACAGGCUUCUCCAUGUCAAGUUUGUCAUUAAACUGUGCAAGGCCCCUAUGACGUUGGAGAGGAGGAGCGGAAGUCAGCGUAUUAUUUUUCUCUCCCAGCUUAUAAUUCAAUGCUUUGUUGCAAUGCUAGUGAAAUUUUUUUACACUUGCAUUUAAAAUAACAAAAACAAAUGACAGAUUUGCUUUUUAUACUAGAGCAAGGUCUGUUUUUAAUAGGGAGGAGCAGAGCCUUUUUACGUUAUUUGACCCAGGAUAUAUAUUUACUAUGCAUGGUUUAAAACCUGAGGACUAAUUAAUCUACUAUAUUCGAUGCAGAUUGAUAUAGAAGUUAGUCUUUUUUUUUUUUUCUCAGGAACUUACUAUUUGUCAUUGAAAACCAAUACAUAUUAGCAGAAUAAUUUAUAAAUCCUGUAAAUCUGUUUGCUGAAAGGUGCUCCUCCACCUAUUUCACUAACCAUAACUUUAAAGUGAACCUGUCAUUACUGAUGUAGGUUUGCAGUUUUCUUGCCAUCUGCCUUGACUCAUAUUAUGCAACUGAGUGUUUCUUCCCUUGCUACUAUUAAAAGUUCAUGUUUAAUGUAAUUUCAUUACCCUGUCAUCUGCAAAGAGCUCAAAUAGUCAGGAAUGCAUGUUUGUGUUCUUUUAAACAAGCUCAGUAAGUCCUAUCUUUAGUCACCCCUUUGUGUGCACAUAUUUCUUUUUUUUGCCUUUUUUUUUUUUUCCAAUGGUAGUUGAGUUGCACAUAGCAAAGAGAAACAUUAUACCAAAAAUCUGCAACCUGUAAUCUACUAAUUUCAUUAGGAUACCAUUGAGAUCAAAAUUACUAACUAUUAAUAAAAUACUAUUACUAUUAAGAGGUGAACAUCUGGUUAAACAUGAAAGGGACAUAGAGUGUAUAAAGUGGUGAACACAGAGCUGAGAAUUGCCUCCUCUGAUUUCACAUUGUCUGUGAUAUUGCCAUAGAUGGACCUCCGUCUGUUAACCUGUUACCAGUUGUGAUUGUCACCUGCAGUUCUGUAUUUGUAUGUAACCCUUGAAGAGAUUUAUGGGCAGCUUUAAGGUAGUAUGAAUAUGCUGCAGAAAACUUAAAAAAAUAAAAUACAUAGAUUUGAACAGGGAGAAAACACAUCACAAAUAUGUGGCCUAAACAUAUCAAAUGUAUUUGUUUGCCUGCAGUAUGCCUGGUGUAUUAUUUUAUCUUUUGGCUAUUGCAGUUUGUUAAGGACAUGGGUUGCCAGAAAUCCUUGAAGUGGUCUGGGUGCCUAUAGUGUCUCUUUAACAUGCGUUUGGGUACUCACUCCAAAUUCUCAGACCAAUCAUUCAGCUACAUUUGAUUCUAUGAAUGGUGAUGGUUUAAUGAGUGUGUAUGUAUUAUCUUUUCAGAGAGACAAUGCUGCCCCUCCUCCAGGUUUCAACAUCCCAGGCACCGCUUAUCCAUCUGCUCCUGGUAAAACCGUACCUGCACCACCAGAUUCUUACAACAUGAACACUCAGAUGGGACCUCGGCCACCAUACCCUCAACGUACGUAUUAAAUACUGCUGCUCACCAUCUGGGCUUCUCUGUGCUGGGUAAUACUGGCAAACUGUAUGACAACAAAAAUAUACAUCCAUACUUUGUCUUGAAGAAAUAGAAUAACUUCUGCAAAUUGAAGAUUCAUCUGGGACUCAUUUAUUAUGAUUAUUUUAAAAUGUAUUUAUUUUUCAUUGGACUGUGUAGAAUUUUUUUGUAUAAUUCUUGGUGAAACUUUAAGAUAAUGCUGUUGCUGCCCAAGCUGUGUAAAAGUGCUAAUUAUAUUUGGGCAUAUUUGCUGUUGUACAAUCAUCAUGGUCUAUUAACCAUUGAGGCUAUGGUAAUCACUGUAUCAGAGUGCACUCUAAAAAAUGAGCAAUUACUGUUAACUAACCUCCAUCAGCUUUUUUUUUAGUGCCACCCACAUGAAUAGUGGUUUGGUAAAAUUUGACGUUCUGCACUUGCACUUCUUUUAGAAAGUUGCAGCCAAAAUAUUAUCAAGACAACAGAUACCAAUAGUGUCUUUUUAAAAUGAAAAUGUUCAACUAUGUGCUAAGAUAAUUCAUGCUCAAGGUUUAUAACCAGCCAACCCAUUGAUUAUAUUCCUUCCCCACCCUCACUGUUUUUUUUUUUGUUUUUUUUUGUUUGUUUUUUUUUAAACAGAAUAAUGUCUCUGAAAAAAUGUUUGCUGCUAAACUACUAAAAAAUUUUUUAUUAGAAGUCUAAAAUCUAACCGUUUGUUUUCUUCCAUUCUGUAUAGCUUAUCUACAGUCCCAACAGUAUUCUUAUGGCUCUGGGGGACCAGCUGUCUAUCAGCCCCAACCAACUACCAUACCUUCUGCCUCCCCCUACCACAGUAGUCCUUAUGCCUCUUCUGCUCACUCUUCUGCUCAGCCGCCCUACUCUGGACAACCUCAGUCCUCUGCUGUACCAUCACCUUCUCCUUCCUCCUUCCCCCCUCCUCCUGGAGCAUCCUUCCAGCAUGGCGGACAAGGAGCUCCUCCUGCAUCUGCGCCUUAUACAAAUCCUCCUCCUGGAACUACAGGUACCUUGCCUGCCGCCAGUGAGCUGCCUGCAUCCCAGAGAACAGGUCUGAGCAUGAAUUGGGGGGAGGUGGGAGCAUGCAACUUACUCCUUACAGUGUUCAAUGAGAUACAGGAUAGUAGGCCAAAAUGUAUAAAUGUGUGCACAUUGUGGGAGAUGUAAAAAAAAGUAGCACUAGUGUGACAUGCUUUGUACCUACAUAUACAUAGAAUAGCAUUGCUAAAAUCCAAUUAUUGCUUAAGAAUUUUGUCUUGAGCAGUGUAGUAAAAUUGCAACAAAAUUGUUUUAAGUUUUAUACUAGUUUCUUGCACUACAGUUCUGUGCCAUCUACGAUCUAUUGUAAUAUGUAACGUAUAAAAUGUUAUUUGUGUCACUGAUAACGCCUGUUUUAACCCCUUAAGGACCAAACUUCUGGAAUAAAAGGGAAUCAUGACAUGUCACACAUGUCAUGUGUCCUUAAGGGGUUAAAGAUCUGUACCAUGUUGGUGCAAAGGCAGAACUAGAACUAAAUUGUGCAUAGAUGUACUUUUUAAAGUAAAUGUGAGGUAAAUGCUUUCUUGCAUAGCUAAUUUCUCACAUGUUCUAACAUAACCGCUUCUUUCUUUUUUGAAAGAGUAUCGAGCACAAUAGUUAGAGAUGUAAAGGUUGAACUUGAUGGAAUGAGAAAAAAAAUCCAAUAUGUUAUUUAUUUGUGAGCCUUUAUAGUUUCAUAUAGGUAGCCAAUCAUUUUGUAUGUCCCCACCAGUCAUUACUAACUAGUGAAUUGCCCUGGACCUCGACCAUUACAUCAAUUUAAAGAUACCAACCUUGCAUAAACAAGAUUGUUGGCUGUAACGCUCUGAUAUGUGCAUGUUUCUGUUCCACUGCAUGUUUGCUCAAACAGAACCGCUCAUUUAUAUGGAGUGAAGCAUGCUGGGAUGUAUACAUAGCAAGCGGUUUCCCCCCUCUGUAUUGCAUGCAAUAACAGCAAAGACUUGGAUUUCAUCAGGAAAAAAAACUACCAGCUCCUCCUGCAUAUUUGCACCUCGAUGAAGAAUUCAGUUGACACCAGCUUUACAACUGAACCACUUUCUUUGAGGGAAAGGACAGUUGUAUUUGGAGACACAGCAUGAAUGUCUGAGAGCACACUGGAGCAUGGCUAAAAACAAACACUCCAGCUUGCUGAAGUGCUUUAUGUGUCAAGAGUGUGUUCUCGUUUUCUGUUUUAAAAAAAAUGCGAUUUCAAUGCGUGUUUAUAAAUGAGUUUUGUUAAACCUCCCGGCUGUCAAUCAGACUGCUGGUCCUGAUACUUCCUGGUAGUUUAGCUUCAUGAAACUAAACUCAAGUGACAUGCAAUUUCCUUGUACAGACGUUUCAUUAAGUUGUAAGAAAGCUCUUUGAGAAGUCUGUGAUCGAACACCCACAGAAAGUCUGUACUGGGGAAGAACAAGAAUGGCAUGCAUAUUUUUUUGUUGUGUAUACUAAAUAUUUAUUUUUGGAUGGGGGCGUUAUGUAGUGUUAAGGAGUGCUCAACUUCAGUUAGUAUGUUCUUAUGCUGAAUGCAUGUCAAGUUCUGCUUUUUCUUGUAAGAAAUGGCUGUUUAGUUUCAGCAAAAUAGAUCAGCUUGGAAGUAGGUAUCGGCAGUGCCAACUGUUAAUAUGCUGGAGGAGCUGCUGGUUCUGUGUGUAAAACUUUCUCUUUCACAGACACCCUGUCUCUUAAAGAUCUCUGUAACUUAAGCCAAUUGUGUUUUCAUAAUUGUCACCUAGUGAUACCUUUUUUUUGUUUUUUCUAGCUAGAAAGAAACUAUAACUUAAAAAAAAAAUCUAUAUAUUCGACACAGGUUCAGCAAUAAAUCAGACAGUCAAACCGUAAUCAAUACCAUUGUCAAAAUAAUGAUAUUGUAAAAAGAAAUUGAAAGUACACAAUAGUCCGAAUAUAACCAGUUAUUACAGAGUUAAUAACCAGUCCGCGUGGAAGAUGGAGGUGUAGGUAAUUGGCAAGUGAGUGAGGGCAGAAUGUAUCCUCCAGUUUGAGGUUCCUACCUCAAAGCAAUUCUAAGGGGUGCCUUGCUGAAUAUUGAAAAUAGGUGUUUGUGAUCUGAAUGUUCAACGUUUGUUUAUCACUAUGUAAAGAGGUAUCAGUUCAACACAUGUAAAACAAAGUAAUCCGGUGGGCAAACGCCAAAGUUAAAGUCAGUAGUAAAAUUUCUACCUAUUAAAUUGGUAUAGCCAAGCUAACUCCACCUAAAGAAUCCAGAAGGCCCUUAGCACCUUUUGUGAGUUCCAAAUCCUCCUUCUAGUCUAGGAUUUAAUUGUCUUAAUAAAAUGACAAAUCUCUUGAAAAUCUAUGCACAGCCAUAGUUUGGAGAUCUCUAAACAAUACCAUAAACAAUGUAACCGGUCAGCCCCGUGUUGCGUCAUAUUGAUGGAAGAUUUCGGACAGCUGCAGGCCCAUUGUAAUUUGCAGUGAACAGCGAGUUCUUUUGUCGCAGGUGAAAUAGCAUCACUUGAUAAAUAAGGGUGCUUCAUUAUCUUGUCUUCUAAAUUACGUUUGCAUUUCAUCUGCAGAAUAUCUCUCUGUUCAAGAUAUGGCGACUUACCUGCAAGGUGAACAUUUACUGCAGCACGCACCGAAUCAAACAGCAGAUGCAAUUUACAAAUUCAGUUUUAUUUAUAAAUUUUUACAUAUAUUUUUGAUUUAUUUUUUUCCACCUCAGAAAAUUGGUGCACAUUUUGUGUUGCAUUAACAAAAUAACUGCAUGUAUAAUUAUAAUGUGCAAAAAAAACUAAACUCUGCUCCCCAUGUCUUUUGUUUUUCUUCUAUCCCUUGUUCUGUGUUUUUUUUUUUUUUUUCUGUUACUUAGUUGUUGUCCAAGUGAACAAACCAGUGGCUUAUUUGAAAGCAGUAGCACUGCAUGCUAGUAGUGUUCAGAUUUUUCAUUUUGUUGUAGUGUAUUUGAAGUGGAGUGGCAGGUUCCUCAGUUAAUACAUGUGGCUUAAUCAGGGUUAUAGUUAAUUAGCUAUAAAGGUACUUGGCGCCUACUUACCUUCACCAAAUUGUCUAUAAAUAUGCUGCAGACCAUUCUCAAAAAGCCUGAAGUUUAAGAUUAGUUUAAAAAAUAAAUAAAAAAAUCACCUUGAGCUGUGAUCAGUAAACAUCAUAAUAGAAUGAAAUGUGCUUCCACAUAAGCCAUACAUUUUUUCUGUGUUCUGUAACAGUACCUCAGUGCAUUUAUCAACAAAUCUGAAAUCAAAAGCAAUAAAGUCAGAGUAAUGCAUUUUUAGAUUUUUGGGCAGGGGAGAGAAUGAUCAGGGAAUAUAUUCAUUACUCUCUCUUUAAAGUUAAAUUAAUAGAUGUUGAUCAAAAUUAUUAAACUGGUGUUUUGGGUUUUUUUCAACAAAUUUUAAUUUGUACCAUCCAAUUCUACCAAACUGAAUCCAACUACUAAUUAAAAAUUAAAUGAUUUAUAUAAAUAUAUAUGGAGAGCACCACUUACAAUGCAACUAUUGCAGAUGUUGCAAUGAGUAUCUCUAAUAAUACAGAAUAUAGCCGUAUACUGGCUGAAAUACUAAAUUUCCUUAAUAUAAUUACAUCUUAAGAAAAAGUGCUUGUUUACUUGCUGGUGGCACUGUGCCAUUCCAACUGAACAUAUGCUAGAAUAAAAAUCACCUAAGAACAAACUGAUUGUGGCAUAAUGCUGUGCCAGAAUAAUGCUUUUUUUUGUAAUUUCGGUUUCAUUUAAUUAUCAUUUAUUUUUAUUUAUUUUUCCUAAAUUAUGCAGCAUGGCAACAAAUCACAUAACCGUGUUGGAGUACAAAUUUAGAUUUCCUUAACUAACACGAUUCUCUUACAGGACCCCAGAAUGGUUGGAAUGACCCACCUGCACUGAGCAGAACUUCUAAGAAAAAGGUACUUGACUAUUAAAAGUGGAUUAAUACCAGACUUUUCAAUUAACAAACACAUUCUUGUGUAAGUGUGUUUGUAAAUGUAUUGGGUGACUGAUGCUGCCACACAGUCUAACAUGCUGAUUAAUUGUCCUCCGGUAGAUAUCUAUUGCUUUUUGAGUUGAUUUUGUUUGGUCGGUGGGGUGGGAUUUGGUUUUCUAAUGACUGUAAUUUGAGAAGCAAUCUUGUCGAUACAGCUCCUGCUAUUUUUAUUCCUUUGUCUUUGAUAGAACAUAUGAUGAUUUUUUGACUUCUCAACCCUACCCUACUCCCCCAUGCUCUUCACUGUUUUCUAAAGCUUAAAGCUAAAUCUAACUUGUUUGGUAAAACUGGCAAAUGUAUGUUUAAUAGUAAAGCAUAUCUGCCAUGGGUGGGUGCCUAACAUGAUAAUACGUGAUCUGUUUAGUAAUAUAUUUAGCUCAAUGCAAUAGUUUUGUUUCAAUUAUUCUUUUGGAAUUUCUUUAAUUAAAGGAUUUUGAUUUGAUUUUCAAGUCUCCUUUAAGAUAGAUAUUAUUAUUAUUUUUUUACAAAGUACCAAUAAUCUAAUUAAAUUACUUUUUUUCAGCAGGUACUAGAGAAUUACAUGCCACCUCCUCCAAUCACCGCUCCAAUAAUGAAUCCUGUGUCCGACCCACGUUCUCAGCAGCAGCAGGUUCCAACAUCUGUACCUCCUGUGUCAUCAGUACCAUUUCAGCCCUCAGCGGUACCUUCAGGGCAGCCAGGAGCUCCUAAUCCUUUCCCAGCCAUGACGCCUCAUGUCGGACAACCAGUAGCACACCUUGAUUCUUCAAAGCCCAGUGUGGAUGCUCAUCCAGGACUACCCAUUGCAAACACCAUGCAGGUUAUAUAUACAAAUAUUUCAUUUGUAUUUUAAUAAGUCUCCCUUCUUCAAUAGAUAUUGUGUAGCCAUAUCCUUAAGCAACAUUUGUAUUACUGCAUUUGAAAGAUCACUAUAGCCACCCAUAUAGAGUGAGAUGAACUGAUCUGGUUGUCUAUAGUGUUCCUUUAAAUAAAGUUUAUUUUUGAUGAUGGAGCUGCUUUAAAUUAACUAUUCUGUUUGCAGUUGUGAAUGUUUGAUUAAAGUGUUGGUGUAUGUAAAAGUAUAUAUUUAUUUACUCUGCAGACUAUCCACUCUUUGCCUGCGGAAAAAAUCACAAAGAAUCCAAUUCCCGAAGAGCAUCUUGUUCUGAAAAGCACAUUUGAAGCCCUUAUCCAAAAAUGUUUGUCCUCUGCCAUUGACCAGGUAUGUAAUACAUAGGGUUUUUUUUUUUUUUUUUUUUACUAGUGCUCAACUGUCUGAGAAAGCCUUGACAACAUUCCCUCGAAGCUAGCUCUUGAAAGAUGUUCUCUAAGAUGAAAAUUUUAAUAAAUAUUCCUCUCGGGAAUAUGUAAAUUCAAUCUAUGCAGUGACACUGUCUAAUAAAUAUACAGUUUUUAUGCUUAAAGGGACACUAUAGUUACCAGAACUACUACAGCUUAUUGAAUUUGUUCUGGUGAGUAGAAUCAUUACCUUCAGGCUUUUUGCUGUAAGCACUGUCUUUUCAGUGAAAAUGCAUUGUUUACAUUACAGCCUAGUGAUAUCUUCACUGGCCACUCCUCAGAUUGCUGUUAGAGAUCCUUCCUAAAAUGCAUCUAUACAUUCAGUGUCUCCUACCUCUGCAUGCAGACACUGAACUUUCCUCAUAGAGAUUCAUUGAUUCAAUUCAUCUCUAUGUGGAAAUGCUGAUUGGCCAGGGUUUUGUUUGUCAGUCUGAGCCAAUCCUAUGGGGAAGCAUUGUGAUUGGAUCAGGCUACCACUUCUGCUGGCAGUAGUCAGCAGGCAGUGGGCAGGUCUAAUGGAAACGGGGACAAAAUAAGCAGCUGCAGACUUGAAUACAAGUAAGAUUUUACUUGAUUUAGGGAGGCAUGAGGGGACCAGGGUGGCUAAAUGGUGGUUUUAACCCUAUAGGGUCAGGAACACAUGUUUGUGUUCCUAACCCUAUAGACUCCUUUAAUACUAUAGGGUUCUGGUUCCUAAUAUUCCAUACCUCCUAUAUAAAUUAAAGUGUCUACGACAUCGGUAAAUACACACGCACUCUCUCUGACUACUUUGAGGUACACCUCAUUAUAUAAAUUAUAAAGGCAUGGUUGCAAGGUUUAAUUAUUUUCAAACAAACAGAGUUGGUUAGAUGUGUUCCUAGUUGAUUGUUGGUGUCACACAUGUUGGUUACAGUAUCUAAGUAGCCUGGAAUAUAAAAAGCUUCUAGUGCCUGAAUAAAGUGUGGGUUCCCAACCACUUAAAAUUAAUUACGUUCCCUAUUAAGGCCUGUUUACCCUGACAUUCACAGAUAAGAGUGGUAUAUUUAGAAUCGCCCUCAACUGUGACACCAUUGCGUCUGCGCUUAGUUCGGAUGUAGCGCUCAGUAACCAAAACUAGAAUUCGAAGUUCAAAGUGCUACAGCACGCUUGAGUGUACUCGUCCCGCCUUGAUUCAACAUCCAAUCUGGCUAUUAAUGCUGCAAGGUGCCAAAAAUGGUAAUUACUUCAGACUCCUAUUAAAGAUACAAACACACCGGCGUGCAUUAUUAAAUUGUGGAAUAUGAGUAUCAAAUAUCACUGGUCAUAGUCCUAUAGAUCCCUUUUAAGGUUUCUAAUGUCACAAUGGAAACAAAUAUUUCUUGUGCAAAAAGGCAAAAAAAAUGUUUUUCAAAAACCAAAUAGAUAUCCUUUCCUGUCAGAUGAUAGCAUCCCAAAAUGCCCUUAGAAACUCAUAGUGAACUAAAACUGUUAAUAUAGUAAAUAAUAUAUAUUAUGUAUUCAGGUACAAUGUAACUCAAUAUUUGCAUUAUAAAUAGUUACCCAAUGACCACACAUCUACUUAUGUUAUGACAGGUGAGUAAGUUAUUUAUAUCAUAGGAAUCCAUGUACAAAAAAAAAGAGCUUAUCGAAAAUAACGAACAUAUACUAAUACAAACAAGAUCCUUGUUAAACAUCACAUUAUAUAUAAAUAAACCUUAUGUAUUGUUUUCAAGUUUUGUAAUAACAUAUGACAGUGAUAUAUAAAUAUACGAUGUGUCAAAAUAUUUAGAGGCUACUAAAGAUGUUUUUAUAGAUACCCAUAUGAUCUAAAGUAUUCAAUGGAAAAACAUUAUGUAUAUACCAAAUGGGCACACCACUGAACAAUAUGAACAGUCAAUAAAUUCAAAGUGAAUUUGAGGCUGAAACGGGAAAGUUUUCAAGUCCGCUUUUUUCAUUUUGGACUGAAAUUUAAAAUUUAAUUUGACAGUUCACACUUCAGUGCAUAACCCAGUUAACCAAUCAGCAACGGUUUGCAGACGUGGGAUAUUCUAAAAGCAGUUUUCUUUUGCUGUGUUCAGCAGUUGGAGCAGAAAAUUAAAAAUUUUCAGUGAUUUUUAAUUUUUUAAUUUUACCAGCAAACAAAGAGGAAGUUGGAUGAAGCAAACAAGCGUCUAGAGUCCCUGUAUGACAAGCUAAGAGAGCAAACGGUAAGUGUUGUUUACCUCUCUGCUCUUUUUUUUUAAAAUUUUUUAAAUCUUCUAUCUGCUCAAUUUUAUUUGUACGCUUAUACUACCAGACUUGUUCAAAUCACAUCAUUCACUUAACCCUAAAUGUCUCUUUGCGCUAAAUGUUUAAUAGUCCAAUGCUAUACUACAGAGAAUUGGUGAAAAAAAAUAAUUACCGUAUUUUUCGCUCCAUAAGACGCACCUCACCAUAAGACGCACCUAGUUUUUAGAGGAGGAAACCCAGAAAAAAAAAUAUUCUGAACAAACUGUUCCAUAGUGUUUCUUACCAUGGGACAGUUUGUUCAGAAUAUUUUUUUUUCUCCCCUGUCCCAUAAUGAUCUUUAACCCCCCUUUCCUCUGUCCCAUAGUGAUUGUUAACCCCUCCUACCCUGUCCCAUAGUGAUUGUUAACCCCUCCUACCCUGUCCCAUAGUGAUUGUUAACCCCUCCUACCCUGUCCCAUAGUGUUCUUUAACCCCUCCUCCCCUUGUCCAUUAGUGUUCUGAUCCCAUAGUGUCCCCCCCUCCCCUUGUCCCAUAGUGUCUCCCCCCUCCCCUUGUCCCAUAGUGUCCCAUAGUGUCUCCCCUCCCCUUGUCCCAUAGUGUCUCCCCUCCCCUUGUCCCAUAGUGUCCCCCUCCCCUUGUCCCAUAGUGUCUCCCCCUCCCUUGUCCCAUAGUGUCUCUCCCCUCUUGUCCCAUAGUGUCUCCCCCCCUCCCAUAGUGUGUCCCCUCCCCUCCCUUGUCCCAUAGUGUCUCCACCUCCCUUUCUCCCAUUGUGUCUCCCCUCCCUUUCUCCCAUAGUGUCCCCCUCCCUUGUCCCAUAGUGUCUCCUCCUCCUUGUCCCAUAGUGUCCCCUCCUUGUCCCAUAGUGUCCCCUCCUUUUUCCCAUGGUGUCCCCUCCUUGUCCCAUGGUGUCUCCUCCCUCCUUGUCUCAGUGUCCCCCCCCUCCUUGUCCCUUGUCUCCCCUCCCUUUCUCCCAUAGUGUCCCCUCCCUUGUCCCAUAGUGUCUCCUCCUCCCCUUGUCUCAUGGUGUCCCCCCCCCUUGUCCCAUAGUGUCUCCCCCUUUCUCCCAUGGUGUCCCCCUCCCCUUGUCCCAUAGUGUCUCCCCUCCCUUGUCCCAUAGUGUCUCCCUUGUCCCAUAGUGUCUCUCCCCCCUCCCCUUGUCCCAUAGUGUCUCCUCCCCCUCCCCUUGUCCCAUAGUGUCUCCUCCCCUUGUCCCAUAGUGUCUCCCCCUACCCUUGUCCCAUAAUUACUUACCUGUCUUGGAGCGUGGGCCGGCAGCACAGCGCGCUCCGCGGUCCAGGAACUUCUAUUUCAGGUUCCGGUUUCCGGCGGGACUGAAAGGAAGUGUGCACACUGUGCACUUAUUUUCAGUCCCGCCGGAAACCGGAACCUGAAAUAGAAGUUCCUGGACCGCGGAGCGCGCUGUGCUGCCGGCCCACGCUCCAAGACAGGUAAGUAAUUCUUCACAUUCGCUCCAUAAGACGCACAGACAUUUCCCCUCACUUUUGAGGGGAAAAAAAGUGCGUCUUAUGGAGCGAAAAAUACGGUACCCUAGCAGUUUCAAAUAUCUUCCUUAUGGGUUCCCCCUCCUCCCAAAAAAAAAUUACAUGUAGUUAAUAUCUUAAUUUUGUGGGUAGUUUCUUAUGUUUUUUGCAACAUUGCCCUUUUUAAUCUUGCAGUGUUGCAUUUAAUGUUUGUCCAUUUUAUUUUCCACAAUAAUUCUGGCUCAAAAAUCACAAUUUCACUUUAAUAGCUACUAGAGUCUCUGUGACUGGUAAUGGCCUCUUCUCUGGGUGGUGGCUGAAGAUGUACUCCUCCUGUUGGUUUAAUUUGGAGAUCAGUCACCUGCUGCCUCAACCAGCAAUACAGAAGCUAUCAUAGAGACAUGUUCUGGCAUUUUUUUGGUGUGUGAUAAAAUUGAGUAUUACAGUUCCUUGUCUUAAACUGAUUCUUCUUAGGCUGAUGAAAUCAUGAGCAAGUGUAUAUAUUUAAAGAAAUAAUAUUCUUAUCACUUCCUGUACACUUUCUCCACACUAUGGCAGCUGCAUUGCAGAAAGAUCAAAUUACAUCAAAUAUUAGACUUUUCAGCUCUGCACUUACUAACUAGCUCAUUGUAUAAAUUAAACUGAACAAUUAAAGGAUACCAACUUGGUUUUUCACUCAUGCAGUUGAGAUGGAAUUUUAUUUUUACAUUUUGCUAGCAGUUUUGGCAGAAUUUUUUUUUUAAAAAUAAGUUUUUCUCCCACUUCUCAGUCAAAUCAUUGACAUAAACUUAAUGCCGAAGAAUUGAGACAAGGGAGAGCAGAAUAGACCGCCAUAAGAAGCUCUGUAAACACCCUAUAUUCUAGCUCUGGCUAGGGAGUAUCGGAAUGGACAUCACUCCGUUCACUGGGUAUGAGGCCAGUGUGUUGCCAUGAGUAAAUGUCACAGACAUACAUGAUGUAAUAAAUGUAAAAUAAUGAUAUGUCAUGUAUUUGGGGCCUAUCUUUCUAAUAUUACAUUUUAUGUACAGGUUCACUUUAAAGUGACACCACAACAUGGUAGGCAUGACAGAUUUAAUGACACAUUAAAAUAUGACACACUUUAAAAGUUCUAUGCCUCUGGGUUGAUGGAAUUUGAGACAGUUUCAAUGUGUUUCUCUGUCAGUAAAAUUGGAUUGAAAAGUACAUGAAUUUAAAUCAGCCUUGUUCUCCUAACCACCUAUUUUUUAUUUUCUUGUGUUUCAGCUCUCCCCUGCAAUAAUUGCAGGUCUGCACAACAUUGCCAGAAGUAUUGAGUCUCGGAACUACAUGGAAGGGCUAAAUAUCCACACCCACAUAGUCACAACCAGUAACUUUAGUGAAACAUCUGCCUUCAUGCCAGUACUCAAAGUUGUCCUUACCCAAGCCAAUAAGCUCGGAGUGUGAAAUCCUUUCUCCACAACCUAUUGCUCCACAACAAAAAUGCAACUCUGCACCUUGAGCAAGAAGACGGACCAAGGACUAGCAUGUUUUUAAACUUCCAGAAAUCCGUUCUGACUUUAAAUGCAACAUAAAACACCACAAAUUCCUGCAUUUACUCAUUUUUUUUUUAAUGUUGGGAAUUAUUUUUAUUUCUCGUAAUAGUAUUUUUUUUUUCUCCUCCAAAGAUCAUAUAACCUCAUGGAUUAUUUACAGCAUGUCAGAAUUACAGGGGCCAGUAACAUAUUUUACAAUACCUGCCGAUGUUCCUUUAGUUUUGGCUCACAUUUUAAAAAGGUAGUGGUUGCAGAGAUUAAGGCAACAUUGCCAAAAUGUGUCUCAUAGAAUAAAACAUGUGAUCCCAAUUUAAACAUCUGGUUUAUUUUCUUUGUUGUGCACUGGAAGGUAAUUACAGUGUUCAGGCCAUAUUUAAGACAGAAAAAAAACGUAUUGCUUUUUUACAUCCAAGCACAAGUUUAUUCUCUUUUAAAAGCAUAAUUCCUAUGCACUUGGAUAUAGAGAGGACAUUAUUUACCAUUGAAGGUGUAUCUAAGCAGUUUUAUAAGAAAAUGGUACAUUGUCAGAAUGUCUGGAACUUCUCUUACUGGAAAGUUACUAGAGGAGGGUAGGAAACCUUUGGCACUCCAGAUGUUGUGCAUCAAUUUACCCUGAUGCUAUGUCCGCAUUAUAACUGUAAGAGACUUAUUGAAGAUAAUCCACAACAUCUGGAGUGCCGAAGGUCGGACCACUAACCAAGUAAUCUGGAUUUCAUAACAGACACAAGGUGGGGUAAAUAUUAUACAUUUUAAAAUUUUGCUGAGAAAACCAAAAAGUGUUCAGCUGGAGGGCCACAUAGUUUCUAGCUUGAUCAAACAGGGAUUCUGAAUGUGUUACCACUUCUAAAACUACUGUCAAAAGGGAAUAAAGAUCCAUUAGGAUUAAUACUGAAAAUCAUGAUUUUCUUCAUUAUCAGUUCAUUUUUUUUAAUACAAAGUAGUUUUGCGGACAGAUUCUUAUAAUGUUAUUAUUUUUAUUUUUUUUUUUAACUGAAUUAAUCUUGCAAUAAUUUCACUUAUUGCUGGGAUCAAAAACCCAAGAAGGCUUUCUGUACCACACAUCAUGUAUAAACCUAUUAGGCAAAAGAUCCGUGCCCUUUCUCUCUUGCUCACCAUCAUUCCAACACACUUUCUUCUAUGUACUUUUCAUCUUUGCCAUGCAUAGGAAUAUUUUAGUCUGGUUCCAACUGCAGGACUGUAAAGCAAAGUGUGUGAUUUAAUUUCUUUUUAGCGUGAACGUUCACCUGCCUUGCAAACAUGAAUUGUCACAUAAUGUAGAUGAAUUAUUAAAUAAAAUAAAAAAAUACAUGCUGGUUUUCUUUGGGGUAUACUAGACAGUUACAAAUAAAAGUAAAACAAAAUCAAUGGAGUGUUCCUUUAAGACUGUGGAGUUUAUUCUUCACUUUCUGAAUUUUGAUCAGAUUCACAGAAUUGAUACAAAAUUACUGAAAUUGGGAUGCAUUUUAUACAGAUUUGCCUUUAAAAAAAUAUGGUGUCUGCUUUCAAAUCACUGAUUUGCAUAUGCAAAGCCUAUCUAAAAUAUAGGAUUCACAUAUUUAUUUGGAUUCACUCUAAAUCUAGUUGAAGCGAAAUUCACAAAAUAAAUUCACCAGUAGUUUGCUGGCAAAACUGUUUAAUCUGGACUAUCAGGUUACUGGCAACUUAACGGUAUCUGCAUUGAUGGUUGUGUUUCUCUGUCAUUAAAUAAAACAGUUUUGCAUACCAAG